GAGGGGCUAAGCGGAAGGAGGAGGAAACAGCAGGUCGGCCGCUGGAGGCGCGCGCGGGGGAUUGUGGGAUUGCGGCGGUGAAGGCAAAAAAAAAAAAAAAAAAACACACAGAAAGAAAAAAAAGAAAAGAAAAGAAAGUGAAGAGCGGCUGAAGCGAGCGAAAGAGGCUCCUCUCCCGCGGGCGAAAAAGGAGCAGGAAGGAGGGGGCUCGAGCCCGGUAAGAGCGGUUGACGGAGGGGGCGGGGGAGGAAAACGGGGGGGGGAGGCGGAGAGAGAAGGCGGGGGCGGGAGUGUGCUAUAUAUAUAUAUAUAGGUAUGUAUAUACAUAUACAUAAAUAUAUAUGUGUCUGUACUGUCUGUGUGUGAGGGAGAAGGGAGCGGUGUGGGAAGGAAGCUGCCGCCAUUUUAGAGCUCCCUAAGGGAGACCCUCCCCCUGUUAUACUUCACACCCACUCCGUGUUCCCCCUCGCACGCCCAUAGUUGAUUUUUUAAUCCUUUCCUCUGCCCCUCGUAUUUCCUCCCGAGGCCCACCUCUUUCUCCGUGUCAGGUAACGAGCCUCCUUCCUUCCUUCCCUCCCUCCCUCCUUCCCACCCCGCCUCCCUCCCUCCGACUCGGCGGCUUCAUCUCUGUCUCCCCCCGUCUCCCCCCGUAGCCUCUUCUUCUCUACACUCCCAUCCUCUUAAAAGUCUAUUUACUGUCUUUGGAAACAGCAGCAGCGAGACAGUUUAUCUGCUAUAGUUGCUAUUCAAGAGGAGAGAAGGCUCUCUCUCAGCUGCCCCCCAAAAAGCAUAACAAACACGUUUUGUUGCAACCUGCAAAAGUUCAGGGAAGCCAACCUUUCAAAACCCGUUUGAUGGGAACUGGGAACCCAGAAAACUGAAGUGGAAGUGCUCUUCUUUUGUAAAAACUUGAGUCAUGUUUGCUAGCUGGUCAGACUGAUAAACAGGUGUUUUAUCUCCUUUUUGAAAGGUGCAGGCCCUGGUUUUUCUUGCCUUUCUUGAGGACGGAGAAUUGUAUGUGGCUGGGUUAGUGAUUUUUCUAAGGCGUGUUAGUGAUGGUGCACAAAUGCACACAGAGUUUUCUUUAUUUUGACUUGCUAUUCUUACUUGCUAUUCAGGGUUUGAUUAGCUUGGAGGGAAAGAAUUCAGGGCCCUAGGUAUUCAGUCCUCACCCCAGGUGUGCUUUUCUCACAAUACCUAACUCCUUCCAGAUUUUUUCUAUCUACUUCUCCCUCGUCACCCCACUCGUCACCCCACUAGCUGUAAACUAUGUCUUUUAUUUAAUACUGAAACGCCCACAGGUACCAUGUCUGUUUAUUUCUUCUAAUGCUCUACCAAAUAAUUGCUACUCUGUACUUCACUCCUCAUGAUUGCUGACAUGAAUUAGAAAUGCUACAUGUUCUUAAAUUGCAAACACCCUUGUUAUAUAACACUCUGUAACCUUCCUGCUGUGUACAGAAAGGUGGUUAAACUGUGUUAAUGGAUAAACUUAGUUCUGAUAACUGAGUACACAUGGACCACUAACGCCUCCCUGCUGACAUUGAAUGACCCUAAGGGCUAUGACCCUAGGUUCCCUUUUACAGAGAUGUCCUGGAAAAGCUUGAUCUCUCAACCUCUUUCCAUCCGCAACUGUGUGACUGUUUCGUACUGUUCACUGAGGGCUCCUGGUUGUUUCCCCACACUGUAUUCCCUUCUUUCCACAAGCUUUAAUUUUCUUGGUAAGCUGUAAAAACAUGGCUUGUCAUUUUUGCUGUGUUUCUGUGGUUUGUAAUCUGGUGCUGUAUUUGGUGAGUCAGAGGAAUAAUGGUUCUACAUCUCUCUUGAAGGCAGGAGCUGACUUCUCUGAUGGUCUUGGGAUUCUAUGACUCCCUUCACAAGUAACUUUCAUUUUGUGCAGGAUAGGGAAUUGUCUGUCUUUGCAUGUGUCUGCCUUAGGUGGGAGUUGCCUCAUGUUUUUCAGGUCUGGAGAAAAUGCAUUGUUGGUUUAAUUUACUGCAUUAACCUUUAGAUGGCUUCACCUGGAGAUGUGGGGCAUGUUAACAAGUUGAAAAAGCAGAUGAACUUUAUUUUAUGUUAAAAUACUGGCUGAGUGGCAUUUGGGGGAUCAAGAAAUUUGAUUCUGGCUUUCUUUUCACAUAGCUGUUUUCCUUGUUGAGCCUUCUGGAUAUGUGAAUAGAAAGGUUCCCUAUUUAUUUGGAGGAGAAUCCAUAUAUUUUUCGUUACUUUAAAUGUGGGCAGGUGCCCACUUCUUGGGACCUUUCUAAACAGGAAACUGGAAUGGGCUCCACUUUCUCUUCUGACUUAUUUUUGUCUUUUAAAUCAUGGUCCUUGUCACAGUUUCCGUGGACCUGAUGUUCUCUUGGUCUCUGUUCAUUCUGUCAAUAAAAUAAAUGAAACUAUAAAGUGCUGAUUCAUGAAAGUGAGCUUGCAAGACUGCUGGUGUAUUGACCAAGGAAAGACUGCUAAGUGAAUUACAGUCAUUGCAGCAUCAUGUGUGUGCAUCUGCCCAUAUCUUAAAGUACCGGUAAAUGAAAGACACUCAGCUUGGUUCUGGAAUGGGGUGGUUGCUCACUGGGAAAUGAUGUGAAGUUAGAAUUGUGGAGAGAGGAGGAGUUCUACUUGGGUAACUAUAGAAAAGGCCUCAUAGUUUGUGAAUAGUGAAUAUUGGUUUGAAUUGUUGGAGAUGCAGCUCAGGCAAGUAAGGACUGGGGCAGAAUGCUUCAGAACCUACAGCCAUUUCCACUGCUACUGUGGCAUAACAGGAUUAAAUAGCAAGGAAAUGUGAUGACAUUUUUAUGUGCUUAUCUUACCUUGACUUUUGAGUGGUGGUGGAGAAAAGGGUUCUGAUCAAAUGGUGUUUUUGCCAUAACCCCACCAGUGGUAGCCCCAUCAGUUUCUUAGUCAAGCAAAUGCACCAGCAGUCAGAAACUCUGUUACUGAGAACCAAUGUGGUGUAGUGGUUAAAGUGUUGGACUAAGACCUGGGAGAGCACUCAGCCAUGAAGCUCACUGGGUGGCGAGUCACUGUCUCUCAGCCUAACCCAGGCAUAGGCAAACCUGGCCCUUCAGAUGUUUUGGGACUACAGUUCGCAUCAUCUCUGACCACUGGUCCUGUUAGCUAGGGAUGAUGGGAGUUGUAGUUCCAAAACCUCUGGAGGGCUUAGUUUGCCUAUGCCUGGCCUAACCUAUCUCACAGGGUUCUUAUGAGGAUAAACUGGGAAGAUGUAUGCCACCAUGAGCUUGGGGGGAGAUGGCAUAUAAAUGUAGUUAUAAUAGUUAUUAUAAUAAUAAAAAUUGCUAUUGUAGUAAGUCAUUGCAGCAGCGCAUAAUCCGAAAAGUAGAGAUGCUAGUUUAAUCUAGUGGCAAUAUAGAUCUGAAAUAGUAAGCAGGUUAAGCAUGCGUAGAAUCAACUCCAGAUAUUGGGGAGACGUGUGACUUUUGCCUACAGUGUUAUGUGAUGUGCAUGCAUUGUUGAAUCUAGUCUUACAGUACAACCCUGUACAUGUUUACUCAGAAGUGAAUCUAAUUGUGUUCAGUGGUAUUUACCUGCAUGUAGGAUUUCAGCAUAAAUUCCUUGAACCCGCAGGGCUGCCUAGGCUGCGGAUGUGUUCCCGAAGCGUCAGGCGCUCUGCUUUCAGCGCGUCCGGCGCUCCGGGAAGCAGACUGCUAUCCGCAGCCUAGACAGCCCUGCGGGAACUCCCACAGGGCUGCCUAGGCUGUGGAUGUGUUCCUGAAGCCUGGAGAGCAAGAGGGGUCGGUGCACACCAACCCCUCUCGCUCUCCAAGCUUCAGCGAAAGCCUGCAUUCGCCCCAUAGGACGCACCCAGAUUUCCCCUUCAUUUUUGGAGGGGGAAAAGUGCGUCCUAUAGGGCUAAAAAUACGGUAUGUUUAACUGACUUAACAAUUGCACCUAUUUUGGGAUACUCCUGAACUGAAAGUUUGCAUUUCUAAUGCACAGAACAGGAGCACUUAAUUGGGAAGUGCAUCCAAGGAGUCUGGUGGCGGGUGUUGUGAAGCAAGGGGAACCUUUAUAGCUUGUAUAGUGUUUGGAUCUGACUUCAACUAAAAGUUACACUAAGAAGUGUUGGGUGAAUAAUAAUAUUUUGCUUUCCCCUUGUACCUUGCUCUCAUCCUCUGGCUGUUUCCGUACUUUAGGGCAGAGUCUGGAAGGAUUGGUCAGGUGUGUAUGUAUGUGUGUUUUGUUUCAUUUCUCUGUUUUUAUUUGGCUGCUGUCCAUUCGUGAGAUCAAAAUAUGCAGAAGGUCUAUGACAGUGGUGUCCCCUUUCCAUUGAUCUGUCUGCUAUUAAAGGCAAAAGGGGAUUCCACCCAUCUGUCUCUGUGCCUUGGUUAAACUUGGGAACACGUCAACCUUUUUCUUACUUUACCUGGGGGAGUUCAAUAUCUCAGAGCUGCUGGUGGUUGUUUUUUAAGCCUACCGCAAGAGAUCAAAAUCCACAGCUAGGCAUGGUUAAAUGUAGGAGAUGUACAGCUACAGCUUGCCUUGACAGCUUUGGCAGAAGAGACAUAAAGCUAAUCCUGCUGCUGCAAUCAGCACAUAAGGAAGUAAUUGAAAUAAGAGACUUCAAAUUCGAACAAAGCGUUUCUUUUAGUACCUUUUGACAGACAGCCUGGGAUUUGAAAUCCUUAUUUAUUUCCCACAGCAGGAAUGAUCUGGGGCAGGAGUAAUGUAUACUUCUAUGCUCAGUCAGCAGUAGGGACAAGGGCUUGUUGCGCACAGGCCAGAUAUGAGAGAUUGUGCCACAGUAAAUUAGCUGUUGUUUUGACAAAUGCCACCUUUUGCUAAGCUUUGAUGGAGCUGUGGUGUAAGGAGGUGCCCAUUCAAUAUACAAGCCCCCCCCCCCCCGAUCAUUGCGAGAAAAGUUCUGUGGAUCUCUUUAGGACAGUGGGAGUGGGUUGACUUGGGUCUUGUUUAUACAAUCAAUAUACCAUGGAUGUUAUCCUAGGGUGGUUCUCCUGAGAUAUAUACCCUGUCUACACAAGUAAGGAAUCUUGGGUCUUUCAGGAACACACCUUCACUAAAUAUUUUGGACCACCCAUGGGGCACUGCGGUCCUCUUUGACUUUUUUUAUGGUCACCUUAAAAAGUGAUGGAUAACUGUGACAAAUGUGUGUCAUACAGGAGCACUCAAUGAGAAGCCACAGUUGUUUUGCUUGGUGGAAAAGCAGGGUUUGCCCUGCUUAAUUUUGGUAUCUUCCCACAAUGAAACAAGUGUAGUUCACUUGUACAAUGGUGACCCGCCCUUCACCCUAAGGUCCCAGAGUGGAUUACAACAUUUAUAAAAUUAAGAACAAUUUAACAACCACAAAAAUAAGGUGAGUCCUGAAACUAUACACCUCAAGUGUCAAAAGCCAGGGUAUAGAGGUGUAUCUUCAGCCAUCACUGGAAACUCUGUAAUGAAGGUGCCACCUAUGUGGGAAGGGAGUUCUACAACUUAGGGGCUGCCACAGAUGAUGCAAUUAGCUCUUCCCUGCCAAAGAACCACUGUGCAUCUGCUUGGUACUAUGGACAGCUCUGUAGGUGGAAAAGGGGGGCAGAGACCAGACAGUCUUAAGCAUAUCCGGUACCAUGGUGCAACGCUCCCUCUGGCGACGCCCCCCCCCCCCCGUUUCCCAGAGUUUUAUAGGGAGGACGGCGCUGCUGGCGGGGGGCUGGAGGAGGCGGGCAGAAGCUGGACACAGCACCUCCCGGCUCAGCUGGCUGCUUUGUGCCGCGGUGGCCAUGGUAGACAGAGGCUCCAGGUAUGGCGCUGCUUCAGCGCGGCAUGGCAGAGAUGGGCAAGGGCAGCAAGCUGAUGCCGGGAGGCGUCGCGUCCAGCCUCCGUCUCUUCCCUGGUGCCCUCCAGAAUGUGGCACCCCGGCGCCCCGCACCACUAGCCUCUAUGGCAGCCUUUCUCAACCUGUGGCUAUAAAGCAUGGGUUGUUAUGCCUGUGGCCCUCCAGACAUUGCUGAAAACAGUCAAAUACCCACCAGCCCCAGCCAACAUGGCCCAAUGGUCAAGAACAAUAGGAGUUGUAGUCCAACAACAUCUGGAUUGCCACAGGUUCCCCAGCCCUGCUGUAAAGGAUAGGAGGAAGGAAGGGAAGGCAGGGAUUGAGAGGUGGGCCAUUCCGUUUUGCGUCUCAUCUAGUUGGCCAAGGUAAAAUAGUCAACAGUUUUACUACUAUCACUGUUGCCAAUACUACUACUGUACUACAAAUAUAAUCAUUAUAUUUAUUAGACUGCUAUUUAUUAGAUGCUGUUGAACUACAACUCCCAUCACCCCUAGCUACCAAGGCCAGAGCUCAGGGAUGAUGGGAGUUGUAGUCCAACAACAUCUGGGGACCUACAGGUUGAGAACCACUGCUCUAUGGGUAAGACGCCCUGAGACCAGAACAGGUUCUUUGUCUUUGUAUUGUAUAUACUGUGGUGAAAGUAGCUCUUCCAAAUCGAGUUUUACAAUACGGCAGUAGUUAGCUGAACCUAGUGUUUCCCUAAAUAGGGUAUCCUGACCUGGGUUCAGUGAUCCAGUUGCUUAUGGAAUCAAAAGAACCUUGGCUUCAGUUUUGACUAGCUUCAGUUGGCUAGCAGAUUUUUAGACCUUAUGAUUAAAUGGUUUCAGUGCAACACCAUUUCUUGGUGUGGGCCUUAUCAUUUCAGAAGCCCCUUCUUUUUGUGGAUUUUGCCUUAACAGCUCCCUUAUAUCACUUUGGAUUCUUAACAUCUUUUUUUUUAAUCUUUUUUUAAAGGAUGCAUUGGGGAGCAGGAAACUGCAGGUCUGUUAGUUUCUGGCCUGGAUAAAUUGGUAGAAAUCAUGAUUAAAGCUGGAAUUAUUAAACAUGUAAAAGAACAAGACACGCUGAGGGAUUUCUGCAAAGGAAAGUUCUGCUGUGUCAAUUUUCUGGAGUUCUUUGAGUGUCAGUAAGCAUGCAGACAGGGAUAAUUUGGUGCCUACAUGUUCUGCUUUUGGGUUUCUUGAAAGGAUCUGGUUUGCUACUGUUGUCCUGGACCUGGAUGGAUACCGGGUCUGAUACAGCAUAGCUUCUCUUAUGUCCUCAAGAUAUAUUUUUAGUUAGGCUUUUUAUUAAAAAAUGGCCCUACUCUUGUUUCCUUCUCACAUGGAGCUCCAAAUCCAACUUGUCCUUCCCAACCCAUCAUGCCAUCUUGUGCUCACCAGCCCAUGCCAACAUUCCUUUAUAGCUUACUGGUUCUCAGAAGGGAUCCCAACAUAGAAUCAUAGAAAUGUAGAGUUGGAAGGGAGCCAAGAGAUAAUCCAGUCCAAACCCCUGCAAUGUCGGAAUCUCAAGGAAGCAUUUAUUCUUACUCAUUCCUGUUUGUUCACUUAUUAUUCUAUAUAUAUGUGCCAUCACUGCAAAUGAAGAAAAGCCUAAAAAUGUAAGAGGUAGGUCUACCAAAAGACUUGGAAAACAGAAAGAAAUUAUUUGGGUUUGCUUCCUUUUGUCCAGGAGGUAGGGCAUGUCUCUGUAACCUUAAUUGCUUCCUUCCCCCUGCCCCACAUACAGAAAUUGCACUUCUCUUUUCACUGUUGCUGUGAGACACUCCAAUUAUUGCCAAACCCAGUACUCAACAAUCUGAAUCAGAAAAUCUAACCUGGGUCUCUCCCCUACUCACCUAGUCAUAAAUUUAGAAUGUGGAAUUCAGGUUUUCUGAUUAUAGAAUUUGGCAAGCGUGUUGAGUUUUUAUCGGUUUUUUUAAGGCAGUUUGUGGUCCUGGGCCUAGUGCUGUGUACAUAUUUCAACAUGCUUGUGCGUGCAUGCAGUUUGAGUAAGAGUGUGUGGCAUAGCUGGACUGAAACGGAUAGGGUGUGCUGGGGAGGACACACUGUAAAAAAAGCACUGCAGCAUUUCAGAGUUCCUGACUGACAAUGGCUAUACAGUCGUACCUUGGAAGUCAAACAGAAUCCGUUCUGGAAGUCCGUUCGACUUCCAAAACAUUCAGAAACCAAAGCACGGCCUUAGAUUGGCUGCAGGAAGGUCCUGCAGCCAAUUGAAAACUGCGCUGCAUGUUCGGCUUCCAAAAAUCGAAACACUCACUUCCAGGAGUUGAUUUGUUCAGGAGCCAAGGUAUUUGAGACUGUAGUAGCAUGAUAAAGCUGGGCAUACCUGUCUUGGGUCUCCUGCGUGGGUGUUCAAUGCAUUCUUUCAAAAACACACCCAUCCCCUCUCUCAGCAAGUUUCCCAUUGGCUCUGGGUGUCCUCCCCUCUAGGAAAGCCUUAACUAUAACUGCUGAGGGGCAAGAGUUCCUGCUGGGGGGGGGGGUGCUAUACCUAUCACACUCCAAAGUGUAGGUUCUCUGGAGUUGACAGGCGUUUGCUCAUACUGAAGUUCAUAAAUCAAGACUAGGUAAUAGAGUGGGUUUAGGAAGGGUAAUGUAAGAACGGGCGGGUGGGGUUCAACCAGGGAUUGAGGGUCAUCUCUCGGCUAGUGAACGAUGAUGAGCAAAAUAGUCUCCAUGACUGUGGAAAUGAUCUGAGGUAUAUGUGAGGUGACUGUGCUAGCAGAGAGCAAGACCUCUUGAUCCUAGUAGAGGAAGCACAUGGCCUUAAACUCUUUGCCAAUAGUGAAACUGGAGGCUUGUAAAAGAGACCACCUUCUGCUAUACUGUGACAAGGGUCAUGUGUGUUGAAAAAUGUUGCCCUGCAUACUUUUAACAGGGAGUCCUGCCCAACCUUACUUUUUUGUGAGUAUUUAAAAUCUGCCUUGUUUGCAAAUGCCUCAAUAAGGCUAACAAAAUAAAGAUAAAGCAUAAUAACAGAAGUGGAAUAAUAAAAGCAAUAAUUAAUUUAAAACAGUCAAGCAACCAAAGGAGGCUCAAUUAUCUUAAACAGCAGUUAAAUACAAUUAAAAGCCUGGGAGAAUAGGGUGGACUUUGCUUGGCCCCUAAGAGGUGGUAAAGAAGGUGCUAGGUGAAAAUGCUUAGGGAGGGAGUUCCAUAAUUUGCUACCGAGAAGUUGCCACAUUGUGUGGCAUGAUUGGGCCAGCUUACUCUUUCAUAACAAGUGGAGUUCUGCCUAUUUGAAAUAUUCUUGGUUCUCAUAAGUUUUUACUUCCCUCUCAAUCCAUUAGUAGAGAGUAGUCUCUGUAUGCACGGGUUAUCCCUUUUGGCUCCUUUAGGCUGAAUACUUUCUUUAGUCUUUGCCCUUCCUCCCAUUUCCCCUGAAGUUCUGGUCAGCAUCUCAUGUGUCUUUUAAAUCCCAGGCCCAAGCUGUAAUCCACGGCUGUGGGAUCUCUGGCCCACCAGAUGUUGUUGGACAACAACAACACCCCCCCCCCGCCUGCCCCAUCAGCUCCAGGCAGCAUGACCAAUGAUCAGAGAUGAUGGGAGUGAUCUGGAGAACCACGUACAGUAUUCCCCACUUGUUCUCAAGCCCUGCUAUCUAUGGUUAGGCAUUAGACACUGGCUAAGCCUUGCAAUUUGCCCAAUUCUGUGUUGUCUUUUUCAAUUUCCUAGCACACCUAUCUACUGUCCCUAUUCAUUCUGCGCAAGCCCUAAUUCUUGGCAUGCUUUAGCGAUGAUCGUUAACUGCUUGUGACACCGUGGCUGAUGCUUGCUUGAGUUUCUGGUGAAUUUGAGACCCAACACAAGCCUCUCUUCCACCUCAGCUGAACCCUGGUGACUCUGCUUCUAUGGCCAUUCAAGCUGGCUUUUUAGCCUGCCACUUACAAAGGUUUACAAAGGGCUCAUUAAGGAAUUGUGACCAGUUGGCCAAGCGUUAGUGAAGUUGUGCAAGUGACCUUGGCUGAUCCCGCUAGCUGAGGGUGGGGCCAGAAAAUCAUCUAGGCUGCACUCAGGCGCAAUGAACAAGUUUGAGAAUGAGAAAGUAAAUACCGUAAGUGUCCUGGAAAUAUUAAUGCCAUUUUUUGUAUACAUCAUAGGGCAUGUGCCAGUGCACAAAUGAGAAAUGCAAGAAACGGUUUUGGAGUAUGACGGAAGAAAAAAAUUAAGAAAUUUGAAUCACUGAGCUGUGGAUGUGUAUAUGUGUAGUGUGAGUGUGCUAAAUUAAAACCUGUAUAACAAAUAGUUCCUUGCCGAAAGCCAUAAUCUUCUUGUUUCCCAUCAGUAAAAUAGGGCUCUUUGUCUUCUGGUGUUCAUAUAACCUGAUUUUGGUAGCGAUUCCUGGCAAUUUCAACCUUUUUAUUUUAAUAAAGAGGUUUCUAGACCUAAUAGCCAGGGAUGACUUUUGACAACAAGCAAGGGAUGUGAUCCUCUCUUGUUUGGCAGAUACUUUAUUCCUGUGUGGCUGUGUCCCCUCCCAUGGCCUCCAGUCAGAUUCCCCCACCCUUGCCACUCCUCAUACCACUUACUACUGCUCUUCAUUUAAAAACAAAAUAGUAGGUUCAGAAUAAAGCAUACAAAUGGAGCACUGUGAGCUAACUUGGCAAAGAAGUUUUUUUUAAAUUGUGUGUGUAACUUACUUUUGAUUCUAGUAAGUAAAUUUUUAUUUAUACCCUGCCCUCCCUGGCCAAGACCGGGCUAACAUCAAAUAUCAAAUACAUUAAUACACAAUCAAACAAUUGAUUAAAAUACAGCUUAAAAAUUAAAUUACAACCAUAGGGGUCAGGAACCUCAAGUAUUCAUCAGGGCCAGCUAUCCAUGUUGGUCCCACAUGAGCUAAUAAAAGUGCCAAAGAGGGAACUUACAGGGCCCCAUAGAGGGGGGUUAAACUGGGCCCAGACCGAAGGCCAGGCAGAACAACUCCGUCUUGCAAGCCCUGCGGAAAGAUGUCAAGUCCCGCAGGGCCCUGGUCUCCUGCAAUAAGAGUGUUCCACCAGGCUGGGGCCAAAGCCGAAAAGGCCUUGGCCCUGGUUGAGGCCAGUUUAACCUCCUUGAGGCCUGGGACCUCCAAGAUAUUAUUAUUUGCGGACCACACUACUAGUUGGGAUAGUUGUGUACCUGGUAUGAGCAGUACUAAGAGCUGCAAUCAUACUCUUCAGGUGGUUGUACUGAUGAGAAGAGAACUAGAAGGAAUGCCCUUGCCCUGCCUUUUAAUGAUAUAGCCUAGUAGCUAAAUCUAAACACAUGCUAUAAUGUGGUGGUUUUGUUUUAAAGAAAUGAGAAGUUAGAAUGUGCAUUUGACAAAUCUCAUCACUUGACCCACCUGUUAUGUGGGGUUAGAAUCCCUUUUCAUCAAACCCUGAGUUUGCUCCCCAUAAGUUGCCUGGAAAAUUAGCAGUAAGGUUGUUCUUGGCAACCAAAUCUUUGGCCAAGUGUCUUUGUUUUGUCUAAAACCUUUGUUUGAAGUAUUGCUACCAAAUACCACAAAGACCUGUUUGUUAACUGUAAUCUACUUAUAUCAGUACCAUAUGGGCCUUCUGCCAAACUUGGUGUCAAGAGGCAAGUGAAUUUUGUGGAAUCACAGCAACCUUCUGGAGAAGAAGAGAUGCCACCUUCAUUUUUAUUAAUGGUUUUGUAGUGAUUGUAACACAUGUUUGCAAGUCAUAUCAGAAAUUAUGCAUUGCAAGGUGAAAUGUAAAAUAUUUUAAAUAGCCAGUUUUCUCUUACCUUGAUAUUGGUAAGCUGAAUAAGGACAGGGAUGAAUUAUGGACAUAUAAACAUCUUUAAGCAAGUGCCAUUAUCUGUUUAAUUAUCAUCAGAAGCUCAAAAAAAGCAGGGCUGUGAAAAUGCCUGUCAAUAAUAGUUCCUCCUGUUGAAAUCUAGUCCUUAAUAUUUAUCUUUACGAACUCUCUAGCCUGUUGCCCUGCAAAAAAAUGUAGCACUUGGAACAGGGGCAUGAAUGUGGAGUGACUGAGCCUUUAUUUAGAAUCAUACAGAGCACAGCUUAGGUAUUACUUAACUGAAAAAUGCCAGUAGAACAAACAGUGCUUCUGUGCCACUACGGGAGAAGACUUUGUGUCGUAGUUCACUGCAUUUUUCUUUGUUGUCAGAAUCAAAGUAGAGGGGGGGAAUCAUUUUUAACCUGUUCCAAGGCACUUCCAAUUCCAAGGAUCAAGUUAAAAUCGUAUUUCUGUUGUUCAACCAAGCUGAAGUUCUGACAGAGCUGCACAUAUUUGCAGUGGCCACUCAGAACUUUGGGGGUGGGGUGGGAUUGCCGUGGUUUUAAUCUGGUAAACUGUGGUACGAUAUACAAAUAAUAGUAUAUAACGUUCUUAUAAAUUUGAAAGGGAAAGCUUCUUGAUUCAGUAUUCUGAAUUCUGCAGCUCAGGGGCAGGGAAACUCUGGCCCUGAGCCACAUGCAACUUGCUCAUAUACCCCACAACAGUUAGGCCUGAAAACAGUCUCUCCCAUCAGUUCCAAUGGAAAGCUGUUUUCAAGCCUAAUUGCAAUAUAUGUGGGAGUUACAUCUAGGGAGGGAAGGAACAACCCUUCCUGUGUGCUGAGUCCCAUUAGCUCCAGUAGGAGGCUGUUUUCAGACCCAAGUACCAAAUCAGGAAGUGAUCUUCAAAAUUGGGGGGGGGGGUUUUGAGAACGUCGGGGUGCCCCCUCCCUGAGUAUUUUGCAUUGGCCCUGCCCAUUACUGGCCCCUGGAAGGCUAGCCAUGAGGGGGAUAGUUCCUCACCCCUGUUGUAAAAGGUACACAUACUGUUCCUUAUCUUACUGCUGCUGAUUUGUUUUAUUAUACUGAUAAGUUAAAUAGUAUUUUGCAGUCAUCAUGGUUAAGAGAUUUUUAUUUAAAAGACCACCAUUACUAAAAUAAAACAAAACAUCCAGGGUUGUAUAAAAAAAGCUUAGAGACAUUAAAAGAUAAGGAUCAGUUUUUGAAAUAAAGCUUUAAUAGUUAGCCAAAACAAAACAAAUAAAAAAAACCACCACCCCAAAAUCUCUUUGGCUACAGCCCACUGGAUACAGCCUUGGAAUCGACUUGUCCACCAAGAAGAUGGCUGUUAGCUUGUUUUAAUUUGAGUAAAGUUACUGGGAUGGCUGUCUCAAGAGUUCCAUUCCUCUUUUAUUGGUCUCUCACAAAAAGGUACAGUUGCUGAAUCUAACCUUACAUGCCUGACCUGAUUUGGUUUCUCAAGGUUUGGCACAGCUACUAAAGGUAUAGAGCCAGUUAUUCCUUAAUCUUGCAGCACUGUCUGGUUCUUGCUACUCUAUUCCUGAGCAUGACAAGCUGAAGUGUGUUUCCAUACCCUGAGGGUGGGAUUGUUUUUCCAUUUUUCAGCACGAGCGAAUGCAGGAUUAAAUGGACUGCUUCAGGGAGAUUUUAAAACCAGAAAACAAAUGCAGAAAAGAGGACUGAAUUGCUUCCCUGUAUUGGUUAUGAACUUUCAAUGUUUGUGUGUGGAGGGGGGGAUAAGCCCUUCCUCCCGUCACUUCCCAUUACAGUAUGUCAUAAUCUAAACAAGGUAGAUAGUGGGUUGGAUCCAGACUGCUAGUUGCAGCUGGAUCCCAUUGAGGUCAGUAGGAACCAAAUUACACAUGGCUAAUUUUUUCACAUUGAUGGAAAUGGGACCUACCGUAUUUUUCGUCCUAUAGGACGCACUUUUUCCCCUCCAAAAAUGAAGGGGAAAUCUGUGUGCGUCCUAUGGGGCGAAUACAGGCUUUCGCUGAAGCUUGGAUAGCGAGAGGGGUCGGGGUGCACUGACCCCUCUCGCUCUCCAGGCUUCAGGAAGCUAUCAGCAAGCCUGGGGAGACCGCUGGAGUUCCCACAGGGCUCCCUAGGCUGCGGGUAGCAGCCUGCUGCCCGGCGUGCGGGGCGCCCUGAAGCAGAGCGCCCCGCGUGCCGGGCAGACAUCGGCCAGCCCCACAAGCUCGGGGGACAGCGGGGAGGCGGAGCACCGCCAUACCGCUGUUCCCCGACCUGGUUUGGUUUCCCUGACCUGGUUUUGGGGGGGAAAUAAAGGGGGGGAAAUUUCCUUUAUUUCCCCCCCAAAAAACUAGGUGCGUCCUAUGGGACAGAGCGUCCUAUGGGACGAAAAAUACGGUAAGUAUGACUUGCUUUAGUUGGGAUACAGCCCCAUGAUAAAGCAGUAGUCAAAGUAAGAGCACAGGUUUACAAGUCCAUAAUAAUGUUGGCCAGUACACCGUCUCACAUAUAUUUCAGGCUACUGAUUUGCCAUGAACUAUAAAAAGAAUGUUGGUUGCAAGGGAAAAGUAUAGGUAAAUAAGGAGAAUUCCUGGACUCCCAAGAUCCAGAUUUGGAGUAGGUACUUUUUGGUGAAAGAACCCCAGCUGAGAUUUAAAAUCACAAAAUAUGCAGCAGCAAAGUAAAGCAUGGAAAUAUAGCCUGUUAUACCUUUAAAAUAUGAUCUUGUGUGUUCCAAAACUACCCUCUUCCCCAGCAUAGAAAAAGACCACACAUUUGGUAAGUUAAAAAUUGUUUACUUACAAAUUCUCUAAAGGACAUAUUAAUGUGCUUCUCCAUACAGCAUUCAGAAAAAUUACACCAACAGUAAAGCUUGAUUUCAUUCCAAAGUGGUUAAAGUUUCUUAAUUAUUGGUAUAGUAACUCAAGAGUGGCUUGUGAGAGCCAUGCGGUCUGAACUGGAACAACCAGCUCAGACCUCAUAUGCUGAGUUCAUCAGUUGGACUGAAGGGGAGCAAAGGCUUGAUUACCUAGUUCCUCCCAAGGUGAGCUAAGCCUGACAGGCCAGCUUACUCUACUGUCAAUCCCUUCAUGCAUGAAUUAGACUUAAGCAUGUUGGUUAUAUGGGUCUGUGCCAUCUCUGGUACUGGAAGACAUUUCUUUGCUGCCAGUCUUAGUAGAUAGUAGCGGGCUGGAAGACAUUGCUAUAUAUCCUAAUAUAUUCCAGCAUGGUUCUGAAUUCCUUAUUGGCUUUUGCUUUGUCCUCUCAGCAUUCAGCUAUGAUUCAGCUUCCUUAACUAUGGUUUGUCAAGAUGCCUGAAUUCAGUAAGAAGCAUGGAUCAUGUACACCUAAUUCCUAUUCUUAAUAGCUGGCUUCUGAUAUUGGGAUUUCUCAGGUGUAAUGACUGAAUGGCCAAAUCAUUCCAUAUGAGCCUUGGAUUUACAUGGUCCCCUUUUCCCUUCACUACCACCCAUCACAUGUGUGGGUUCUUUCCCUGACUACUUGGUUCAUGCAAACUGUAGCUUGCAAAACAUUUCCACUGAAUGGGCAAACUAUGGUUCACUUUUUUCCCUUCAAACCACAAAUAUGAACCAAGAUUUUGUGGUAAGUGGGGAGAAUCUGAGCGUGUGAGGAGGACAGGAUAAAGGAGGAAUCUGGCCCCAAGGGUGAGAACUGGUAGCUAAACUGACUUUGUUUCUACAUCUGAACCAUCCCAGUGUGAGAAACCAGCUGGUGAGAACAGGGUUUAAGCAGGUCUUCUCCUUGCUUCUGGCUCAAUUCAGACAUGGUGCCAAAUCAGAGUGCAUAAGGGGAGGAAGCAGUUUACAAUCCUAAGGACGGCCAAGCUGUGGCUUGGUGUUACAUGAGAACUGGCUCAUUGUUGUCUUUAAAAACACACACACACACAACCCCGACUUUUGUACCUGAUCAAGUUCUCCUGCAAAUAAUCCCAACUGUGUCCUCUCCUGCUGGGAAUUUUCUGGACAGACCAUCCCUUUGUUUUCAUAGGUCCAUCUAAGACAGUAAUAUAUUUGGUCAGUAAAGACAAAUAUGCAAGUCUAAGAUAACCCAGAAAAGUGCAGAUUUUUUCUUAAAGCAAAAUCUUUUCUCUGGCAGAUUUCUUUCUUCUAUUCAUGCUGCUGCAGAGGUCUUCCUUGCUACACUUGUGUGUGUGUUUAAGAAUAGUGGAAGAAAACUGCCCCCAGUCUUCCAGAUUUUUGUUCUCCUUCCCUCAUUUUCCACGGCUGAAAGGAAGAUGGUAGAACCUCCCCACCAACCUGAACUUCUAAAGGCAGGACCUUAAAUACUGCUCACAAGUAGCAAAGUCUUUUUCAUGCCUUGUUAAACAGGUACUGUGUUAAUUGGAUUACAAAUUGACUGACCUUAUUGGAGGAAUGGGCUUAUAAAUGUGCAAGCAGCCAAAGUAAGAGGGGGAAAUCAUUAAGAUGUAAGAAUAUUUUCAGCCUGGAGAUAUAAAGGAAGGUAGAUUGGAAGGAGCCAUGCCAUCUUCAAUAACAUCUUCACAAAACCUAUUAGAGGAGGCAGUGCAACAUUAGCAGAGCUUGGAGAUACCUAGCAAGUUUUCAAAGUCAGUUUGGGUAAAGGUUGGUGGUUCUGUGGGUAGACCCAAUUAUGCUAUACCCUAGUACCCUAGUAAAGUACCAAAAGUGAUUCUGCAACAGGUGUCUGGGGGUGGGGAAGUUUUCUCUAUCAUAAUCACUUGAGACCUGAAUUGCAUAAAAUGUAGCUUAAUCUUUCGCUCUUCUGUUAAGCACAUGCUUUUAAUCUUCUCUCUUGGCUUGGCUCAGAGGAGAUUUCUCUUGCAAAUCUCUAGGGAUUUUCCAAAAUAGUUAAAUCUUUUUUCUUUCUUUCUUUCUUUUCACAAAGAUGUGUUUUUGGUUGUUUUUUUACUUUUUCUUCAGUUUUCAAGCAAGUCUGAUGAAGAGAGGAAUUAAGAGAGCAAAUCUCCUGUUUGUUAAAUUACAACAAGGCUGACGUACAAGCUGCUUUCCCCUUGUGUUUAGGGGAGCCUCUUUGCCAUUUCCCUGAGCGAGUGCAGUCAGGCUGCGCCUUCUGGAGCUAUUGCAUGACAGAUAGUGGGAGAUUCCCUUUCAUUCAAGGCCCUGAGCAAUUGCAUUAAAGGCGCUUCUCAAACUGCCUGAUUAGGCACCGCUGGAGCAAAGAGCGGCUUGGCAACAUAAAGAGCACUGUUGAAUCAGACCAAAGGCCUCACUUGUUCCAGCCUCCUGGGUGUCAUGGUUUGUGUAUGUGCAUCUCCCCCGCCUUUGAUAAUAAGAAAGAAAAUAGCUAAUGUAUCAAAGCCUGGGGUCCUAAAAACUUGAUGCUGGUGCCUAGAUAUUGAAAAUACUUGCAUGUGGUUCGUGCCUCCCACUUCAAGAAAAGAGUUGAGACAGGGCUGGUUUCUUCAAAUUUAGUGCUGAAUGCCAAGAACCUGAAAUGAUCCCCCCCCCAUUCUUGCCUUCCACUCUAAACAGGAUUGGGAAAAUUCCAGGUGCUUACAUGUUGGGACAGAUGCUUAAAAUACGUGGCAGGGCUUGCCCACCCAUGCCCUUCACAGCCAGCCUUGCUAUAUGGACAACAGGCACAUAGUUAAGCAGAUAAGUUGAGGGCUUCGCUUCACAACUGAGUAUGGCAGUUGUGAGGGGGUGCGCCUGCAUUGGUUGGUGCAUGUCCCUUAAAAUGUUUGAAAUCAGUGGCCUAAUCCAGGAGUUAGCAAGGUUUACCUCACCUGGGCCGGUUCACUCCAGCGGAGAUCCCUCUGUGGGCUGCAUUGCGCGAGCAUGUGCGCCUGCGAUUUCCGGCAUCUGCGCAGACGCGAUUUCUGGUGUCGCAGAAGCGAGUCGCCGCGUUGCGCCGGUUUAGCGGAGCGCGUGGGGACUCGCCAAGCAGGCGGCUCGGCUCGGGGGCCUGUUAAACGACCUCCGUGAGCCGCUUGUGGCCCAUGGGCCUUAGGUUGCCGACCCCUGGCCUAAUCCUUUCCUGGGGUCACAGUCCGGUUCACGGGCAAUUGAAGUCCCGGCAGGGGACGUCAGGACCGGGGGCAAGAUGGUGGGGUGGGAGCAGGAAUGGGGAUCCAGGAGUCAGGAAGCCAGGAGGGUUCUGAGGGUCAGAAAACCGGGAGUCAAGAAGCCAAGGGUCCGAGGAUCAAGAAGCAAGGAGUCAAAGUCAGGGGUCCGAGGAUCAAGAAGCAAGGCAGGGAAUGUGUUGCUGUGGCAAAGAGCCAAAGGGAAAAUGCUGACCUUACAUCUCUUCCUGGCUCUUGCCGCCAGGUGCUGUGAGUUACUAAUCGACCUCACCUGUGUGGCCACGCCUUGCCUCUUCAGAACAAACUUAGGAAGGCCCCAGUCCUGCAAAGUCCUAUUUGUCUCAGGGCCUGGCUCCUGCAUGCACACCUGACACCUGGGCUAAAGGUGGCAUUUGUCAAAGGAGGGCUGGGAUCUGAUAGGUUUGAAUAAGAAGUGCUAAAGUUCUGUCAGCUCUAGCUGGUAAGUUCACAAGCAAGGCAAGGUGGUAACAGUGCUAUCCCUUGUGGGGGUUUGUCUUCCUCAGAUGCUGUGAGAACUAGGAAUUUGCUUUUUUGAAGAAGAGACCUGGGACCAGAGACUGGGUCUUGUUUGAAAUGCCACAUGCUGUACAGCACUGUGACUUGAAUGUAACGGAUAACACAAAUGGUGUGGAGCGAACCAUGGGAACUGAACUCUGGUUUAGUGGUUGGUGGGUUGCUUUGGGCAACUUAAUUGUGUCUUGUGUCUAAUAUUUAUAAAAACAGCUAAACUCUCCCAAGUGUUUUUAUAUUCUGUUGGAGAUUGCGCACAAUCUUUCUUGGAAUUCUGAUACAAGGGGUUACAUAAAUGUGUUAAACAAAUAACCAACCUACCUCACAUGGUUGUUGCAAGGGUAAAUGAGUUGUGCGUAGUUAAGUCAAUUCACAGACUUUUUUGUGACCUUCUUCUGAGCCUAGGUAUUGUAAAAUAAAGGGCUGAACUUCACAAACCCUGCCUCCACCUUUCUCCUCUCUUUGCCCCCUCCCUCUCCACCCAUGUGUGUUGGCAGCUUGUGCUGAACACCAGUCUCUCUGAGUUGAUCUGAGGACUGCGGUCAGAGCCAGGCUGCCUGUGCUGCUAUAUUGCAAAAGCCUUGUGUCAAGGUUGCUUGGAAACCGACUGAAAACUUUUGGCCUUUGCAGUUGUGGUGGCAACAGGGUUGAAAAGGGAAGCGGGGCGUCUCCAAGUUACUAUUUGUUUCUCUCUGGUUUUUCCCCUCCCUCGCUGAUGAUACAGAGAAUCUUUUUGCCGCUUUGGAUUGCAGCUGUAGUUAGGGAAACCUGCAAAACAUGCAUGAGAAACGAUGGCACGGAAGAUAGUGUCAUUUGUGCACUCAUGAGAUCAUUACUGCUGUUCUUGUAUGUUAGUUACUUCACAAUAUGACUACUACCCUUUUGGCUUUCGCUUGUGGUUAGUAAUCCAUACUUGGCCGAAAGCAUGCAUUGAAAAGCGGUGGUGAAACCAGCCCAUCUGCUUCUCUUCAGUCACUCUGUCAUACUCCCAGUCUUCAUGGGUUUAAAGCAGAAAUUCUCCAACUACAGGACAGGUUGAAGUUCCAGUCAGAGCUAGGAUGCUGAGGAAGUUAGUGCCUUCCUCCUUAUCAGUCAAGACCUUGGUAGAUUUGUGGCACCUGUAAAACCCCAUAAUCCCAUGAUGGCUGGUUAAGAAUGGGUUUCAGAAAGAGUUUCUGCUUUCUUCAUCAGAAUCCAGAAAGAGUCUGCGAGAGCCUGUUACAUUUUUCUUCCACUGCCAGCAAGGAGCUAGCUACUCCAAUCUACUGAUUUCUGCAUGUUCACUUGUAGAGCAUACCCAAAGCAAAAACAGUAAGGAAUGCAGCAGAUGCAAGAGACCAGUUUGUUAGUCCUAGUAUAAAUUCUGAUUCAAUUAGACUUCAACGGGAGAUUGAAAAAAUAAAAGGAAUACCUCUUAUUUCUUGGAGCUUCUGAGGUGUUAGGCUCUCAGGAGCCACCAACUGGUCAGCUGUAGUUGGAAUCAGAAGAUCUGUGGCUCUUUUUAGAGCUGGUCCGCUAAGAAAUGGCAAUAGGCAUGAGUUAUUUCUUUUUCUUUGGGUCUCCUGGUGAACAGUGUAUUGCCUGACAUACUUACAGUAUUAUGCUACUUGCAUGAAUACAUUUGUCACAUUCACCUGUAGAAGAGAUGAUUUCCUGGGGGAGGGAAGUUUGCAUAAAUUUAGAAGGGGUGUCCAGAAAGCUCAUAGUUAAGGAAUAGUUAGACUGCUCUGAGUGACCAACACCAGCCACACUCAAGUUCGUCCCCCUUGUUUUGUUAUUUUGCCAAUUGUUUUCCAGAUCACCACCCUUCCCACCAGACUUGGCCUUACUGGACACUUAGCAUCUUAGCUGGGAAAUGCUCAGGUUACAACUCCAUCUGCAUCUGCUAUUCCUUUUUUGCUUCUCACUGGCGCACACACAGCUCCAGCUUAAUUUGUGGCCCCAAUGGAGUCCUCUACAUUCCUCCAUUCCUGUUCGGCUGGCCUUUAAUGAAUUCUGUUGGAUGGCUUAUCAGCUCUUAGAUCUUGGCCGUUUUGCUUUACCUUCCUCUGAACUCAUUUCUAUUAGUACUUAUUUCAACAUCUGGUUUUCCUUUUGUAGUGUGGUGUGCUAGUUUGAGCCAAAUGUUCUCAUCCCUAAAUUGGCGGUGGCCAACAUGGUGCCCCCAAGAUGCUCCCACUAUCCUUGGCAAUUGGCCAUGCUGACUUGAGCUGCUAGGAGUUGGACUCCCAAAAGCAUGGAUGGCACUACUACGCUGACAUGCUCAACCUGGCUGAACCUCAGGAUGUGCUGGCUCCACCCCAGUCCACCUUCCUCCUUGUUUCUCUUAUAUCUAGCACAAGUCAAGUCCACAGGCUUUAUCACUGAGCCACCCAGUCUACCUUGUUAUGUUUAUACCUGUCCCAUCGAUUUUCCCAUGAUGUCCUUAUCCUCUCAGUUAUUGCUGUUCCCUUCCUGCGAACAAUGGCUGUCUCUAUGCCAUUGAGUUUUCAAUUGGGAACAGUUUUAUGCUAGGCUCUGAUCCUCACCUUUUGUGCAAGGAUUGUUUCGAAUUAAGAAGGUGCAGUUGCAGGGCUUUUUUUUUCCAGCAGGAACUUGCCAAAACUCAGGUGGGCACCAUUGUCAUUAUAAGAGAACAAGGGAGGUGUUCGUGGUGAGUUCCGGCACCAUUUUUUCUAGAAAAAUAGUACAGGACAGUUGUAUGCAUGAUUACUUUAGGAGACUUGCACUUGCUAGCUUGUGUUGCAUGUGCUUAUCUCCCAUCCCAUUGUUGGUUGGUUGGUUUUCAAUUGGCCCCUCUGUUCAUUUUCCAUCCUCCGCAGCAAGCCAUGUUCUGGAAGUUUGACCUCCACACGACCUCUCAUAUUGACACCCUCUUGGAGCGUGGCAACGUGACCCUUUUUGAACUUCUGGAUGAAGAGGAUGUGCUACAGGAAUGCAAGGUGGUCAACCGCAAGCUGGUGGACUUCCUGGUUCAGCCUGAGCACAUGGAAGCACUGGUCACCUGCGUGACAGAGGAGCCCCCUGGGGACGUGGAUGAGAGAGUACGAUACAAGUAAGUUGUUUUGGAAGGGGGAACUGGAUGAAAAUGGAGCUUCUCUUAUUUGUUUGUUUGAUAUGUCCAGAACAAAGAAGAAAUGUGCCAUGUUCAUUUUUCCUCUCUUGGUUCUUUAAUGAUUCAGCUGCCCAUGGGAGCGGGGUGGUAGAAAACUGCAUGGUUGCUGCUUUUUAAUUUUUUUAAAAUGGGAAAAGUCAAGGCAUCAGCUUUAUUGAGAUACCAUGCUAAACUAUAAAUCCAAGGGAUAUCUGAAUUGACAAACCAUGAUUUGCAGCAAGUUGGAAAACCAUGAUUGGAAACCAUAGUUUCUUCUAACUGUGGUUUGGUGUGAUUUAACAAACUGUAGUUACAAGCUGCUGCUCCAUCUCCAAAGGCCACGGCAUGUUGAGAUGUGAGUUGUGAGCAUAUGGGAAAUUGGAGCAGAGGAGCAGCUCUGAAUGAUGGAUUGCCUGUGCAUUCUGAAGCACAAACUAUGGUUUGGCAUUGGGUGGGCAUAUAACUCCAGGCUUCAUAAACCAUGGUUUCUCGUGCCAGAAGCAAGCAUUGGGCCUGGGCACUAGCUCUGGCUUGGAGUUCCUGCUUAGCGUUGAGCCACAGUUCCUGUUCUGAACAUGAGGGAGAAUUCUGUUUUAAAACAAAUUGGGCUCUCUGCACUGAAGCUGACCUACAAGGCGACUGGCAAGCGAGGAGUGUGCAGACUUUAUGUUUGUUCCUAGAUUAAUAAACCAUUGCUUAUAAAGCCUGGAAUGUUGCCUCCAAGCUGGCCCAGUACCUUCACUAAUAGCAAUAUAGUUGUUCUAUAUUUAGACCAUCUUGGGAAUGAAUGAAACCUGGUUGCUGUCAGAAGAAAGCGUUAUGCAUCAACUGAAAGGAAACUUAAUAACUUAAACUUGAAAAGUUCUCUAGUGUAUUUGUGCAUUAAGCCAUAGAUGUCACUGCAUCAUAAAUCUUCUAGGGUUGUAGCCAACUAAGUCUUUGAGUAGGAGUUAGAGAGGGAGGGUAGGUAGGCCUGUUGAUCUGAUAACAAAGCUGUGCAUAUAUUCCAUGAUUGCUGUACGAGCUCUGAAUUUUGAUGAUGUGUGCAGAAUUUGGCAGUUUGAAAACCUGCUUCGAUUAAAACAAACAUGGAGCAGAAUGAAAAUAAUAUUGAAAGUACAUGGUCAGUGCCUGCUAAAAUUUCAGUAACCAAAUAAGGGAAUUGACACCUUUUCAGUGACUGAUGGGCCAACGCCCUGUGUUCACCCUGGUCCUCUCUCUCUGACUUGAAUAAAUAGAAUAAAGUAUGUGGAAUAAGGAAAUCUUCCUGACCUCCUGACAUAUUGCACACAGAUUGUAAGACCUGGCUUUUCAUGGGGCUGAAUUUGGGAUUAUCUUGCUGUAGAACAUUAUUUUGCCCUAAACUAAAACACAAAUAUGGUAGGUAUCUCUUGUUUUGGAGAUACUGAUAAAUCUUGCCAGGCAGGUGGGCCAGCACAGCCACACAACGUUCACUCAAAAGGAAGAGGCUGGUGGAGAUGAUUAUGCAGCAGGUCUGGUUGUGUAUUUGCUUUUUUAAAACUCUCUUAUAGGUAUCCAAGUGUGUCGUGUGAGAUCCUGACAUCAGACGUCACCCAGAUAAACGACGCAUUGGGGGAGGACGAGUCUCUCUUGCGGCGCCUCUACGGCUUCCUGCAGACUGGCGGUAUCCUCAACCCGCUGCUGGCUAGCUUCUUCAGCAAGGUCAUGGGGAUCCUUAUCAACCGCAAGACUGAUCAGGUAUCUUUGCACGUGCUCAUCUCAGUUGGGCGCUAUGCCAGUUUUAACUCUUCCAUGUUUUUAAAAGAUUGCUAAUACUACUGCCUUAAAUUUGCAGUGUGAAUUUUUAAAUGAUGCUCUAGCAAAAGGCAGCCUUUAAAUAUUUUGAUUAAAUGUCCCUGUCCCCUAAAUGGCUUCAUGUGGCUCAGGGAACUUACUCCUGAGAAUGCUCAUUAGGUCCUCCCGAACAACUUACAGAAGCCCUAGCAAGUGAGCUCAUUAGGAAAUACGUGGUAAAUAUUUUCUAACUGCUACAUCCUCAUGUGGCAACACUUGAUGUAGUCCACAUGGGGGAGCCUAUUGACUCUCAAGCAUUUAUUCGGAAUCCCUGAUGUGCUAAAUACUAGCUGUCGCCAUACAAAGAUGCACCCUGAAUUAGUAUUGACCAUGUGAAAAUGAUGCCGCAAAAUAAUCUCAUGGUGACUUGAAGCAUGUCAGAAAUAAGUAUCAAUAUUGGGCUUUUCAAGCUAGUGAAUUUCAAGAUGCAUCUGGUUGAUCAGCUUGUGAAAUAGGAUCCUGGACUGCAUGGGCCUUCAGUCUGAUUCAGCUGGGCUGCUCCUCUGUUCUUAAUAGUUCUGGUAUACAUUCAUUAAAAACCGUUUAUAUACUCUAUGCUGCCUUCCUCAGAGAAUCUCAGGGUAGCAUACAUGGUGUGUGUUCCUUUCUAUCUUCAUGGCCUUCUCAUGAUUUAUGUUGGGUGAGUUACUAUCCCAUGGUCACCCACCAAGUUCUGUAGCCAAGCAAGUUUUUUUUUAAUCCUUAUGAUGCCAAAAGUAUGUGCUCAGAUUGUUUUAUUUUUAAAAAAUAAACAGACUUGACCUUCCUGUCUCUUUCUGAAGAAACUCAAAUUGGCUGACAGUAUUUCUGUAUUUAUUGUUUUUGUAUCUUGCUCUUCUUACAAGGAGUUUAAGAUUGCACAUGUACUUUUUCUGUCUUCCCCUCCCCCCAUUUGUCCUCAAUACAACCCUGUAAGUUAAGUCAGGCUGACAGUGAGUGACCCAAGAUCCUCUAGUGAGCUUUACUGCUGAGUGGGAACUUGAACUCCCUCCCCAGUCCUAGUCAGACGCUUUGACCCAGGAACAGCCUAACUCAGGGAUAGCUAAUAACCAUGCCAUCCAGCAACACCUGGACUACAACUCCCAUCAUCUUUGACUGUCUGGCUUUGUUGACUGGGGAUGAUAGGAGUUGUAGUCUAACAAAAUCUGGAAUGCACCAUGUUGCCUACCCCUACUCUAACCGUUGCACCACGACAAUCUUGCAAAAAUUCAAAACCUAAUGAUGAGACAGAUGUCCAAUACGGCCUUUACCUAUUUAAGGAACUUGAACCCAAUUGUAGACUGGCUCAUAAGAAAUGUAUACCGUAUCACCUUUCUGUUCCAAGGUUUGAUUCCAGAGUCACCACAACACUGUGCAAGCUUACUUGAGAUGACCUUUCCUUUCCUUUCCUUUCCUUUCCUUUCCUUUCCUUUCCUUUCCUUUCGUUUCCUUCACAUCUCAUCCCUUCCACCCCACUCACUUGCUCUGCUGUCUUCCAGAUAGUUGCCUUCCUGCGCAAGAAGGACGAUUUUGUCAACCUGCUGCUAUGCCACAUCGGUACCUCGGCCAUCAUGGACCUCCUGUUGCGGCUCCUCACCUGUGUGGAGCAGCCACAGCUCAGACAAGAUGUGUUCAAUGUAAGGGUCCUCCUGCAGGCACUCCUAACUGUCUCACCUUCCUUCCUCUUUCUUGAAAUGGCAAGCAGCACAAUUUCACAUUCAGUCCUCAAUUGUUGUGUUUGAACCUUUCAUCAUUCACAGAAUGAAAGGUUUUAGAAACAUAUUUGCCCUAUUCACUGGAACAAUUAGAAGGGAAAGAUCUGCAGUUCAGUAGGCUUAGCUGGAGAAUAUCUUCAUUAUUUCCCCAAAUGCCCCUGAUGUGAUUCUUAGAAAUGCUGGUGUUUGUGGCGCAUUCAGUUUAUUGUUCUUGUGGGUUCUAGUUUGCUUAUCUCAAGAAGCAGUGUAAGAGAAACAGCUACCCAAAUAGAAGUUUGCCCUUUUUUGUUGAAAGGUGAUAAAGCAAAUUUAGUCCAUGUUUCUUUAUUGAACAUCUGUUCUGGAAUUCAAGGUGCCACCCUUCAAAAUGACUCCCUGCUCUAUACCUCUGCACUGACCUCUGGUGUUCUCAUAGGGGCUAUGUGAAUACAUACCUGAUUUCAGAAUACUCUUGUUCUGUAGAAUAGCCAACCCUAAGUUGGGAAGCUUGUCUCUCACAGCAGCAUCCUUUGAAGGUCUUGUGUUUUGAGGGCUUCCAAAGUCCAAAUUGCAUGGCAUUUACCAAUAAGAUUUCAAGGAUACUGGUUGAACCUUUAGAGAAACAAUGGGGCACAGAGGUCAGCACUGUAAGAUAAAAUUGAAUGCAUAUGAGUGCAAUCUUCUGUCCCUGGGAGGUUUUGGUUGGUAACUGGAACAGGAGUGAAAUAUACUUGCUUAACCUUUCCAUCCAUGUUCAUUUCACCCCCUCCCCUCAAUCAAAAGUGGCUUAAUGAGGAGAAGAUUGUGCAGAGGCUCAUUGGGAUGAUCGACCCUUCAAAAGACGACAAUGUAAGUAUUAAAUGUGUCCUGGGGCUCUUCUGCCUUCCAUUGGAAAGAAUGUAUGUUUUUGUGUGGGAUAGGUGGGUGGUCAGGGCUUUGAACUUCUUUCUGUUAGCUGAUCGCAGUAGGAGCCAAACAUGCUAGACUGCUUGUGGUGGAAUUAAACAGGUGUAUUUCAUGCAGCCUAAUCCCAUGCAUAUUUCCUCCCAUUGCAUUCAAUGGGAUUUUUCUCCCAAACAAAUGUAUCUAAGAUUGCAGCCUUAGUGUCCACAAGAUUAUUUUGUGAUGAUGAUUAUUUUGAAGUCGAGCUUAGUGAAACCAACCCCGACUGGUAUUCAAAAUCAAGCAGACCAGUGGCACUUAUGCAUGCCUUGGUCGUUUCGUAUUCUAAACAUGGUAUCUGGAGAUUUUAUAGCAUUUAAGCUAUUAAAGAAGGAGCAUGAUGCCAUCCUCUGUGAGGAUUCAGGAGCAGUCUAUCCAAUUGUGCAGAAAGGUGAAGCAUCCCUUCUGCAGGUGGGAGAAGGAUGGUCUACAAUCAUGCUAUAAACCUUCAAAUGUCCUUUUGCUAUGUAAAUAAACUGCUCAGAAACAUAAGCUGGUCCAAAAUACAGUAGCAAGGUGACUAAGUGAGCCUUCCACAUUUUUGUUUUGUUUUUGAAAGACUGGUGCUAAAUUCUGUUUGGAAGCACACUGGGAAAUAAGGUAUAAGCUUUGGCCUAUAAUGCCAUAAACAGCUUGGCACCAGAUUAUCUGUAGAAUGUGCUCAUUAGAUUUAGCUUAUAGUGGGAGGGCCCCUCCAUCAGAGCUUAGACAGGUAUCAACAAAGAUGCAGAGUCUUUUCCGUGCUGGCACCCUAUCUUUGGAGUACUCUUCCCAGAAAGGUUCAUUUGGCUCCUAUACGCUUUGCUUUUCGGUGCCAGGCAAGAACUAUUUUAGUCUCUCAAGACCUUCCUGCUGAUGACAGUUCCUUGCUAGGCUUGCUCUUUGUUUUGAGGUGUCUGGUGUUGAUGAGGUUUCUAUUGUUUGCUGUCCUUAAUACAUUUGUCUUGUGGUUUAUAUUGUGAGCUGUAUUGGAACUGUAAGGCGGGGUAGGAAAUGUUUUCAGCAAAUAAAAUUACUGAAGUUUGAGCACCUUCCAAUGAUUAUUCUCAGAUUGCAAGUAAGACAAGGUGGCAUGUAACCCUGGGCUUUAAGGCGAUGGAGGGCAGCUAAAUAGACUGCAUACCUGUCUUUAGUUUCAAGGGUAAUCCUGUGGGAGGACAGCAUCCAAAGGGAAAGUGUGAUCGGUUAAAUAUGGGGUUGUAUCCAAUUACGGUGUACUCAUUGUAAACCGACUGAUGCUAAUGAACCUUAGUCAGGUUUAAUGGGUCUACUCUGAGUAGGGCGAGCAUUUGAUACAACCCACAGUCUCCAAGUGUGUCAAAGUAUUGCUUCCUCUAGAGCAGGUCUUAAUUCAUUUUCUCUCCUUAUCCCUGCUACACAGCAGCAUUCCAAUGCUUCACAGUCCUUGUGUGACAUUAUCCGGCUGAGCCGUGAGCAGAUGAUCCCAAUCCAGGACAGUCCUGAGCCCGACCAGCUACUGGCUACACUGGAGAAGUGAGUACCAAGCCAGUAGUAGCACUGGCAGUAGGGAAUAAGAGAGAACCUUAGGCCAGGCAUAAGGGUUGUCUCAACUAACACCGAUAAAAAUUUAGAAAAGGGGGGGGGAAUGUAACUCUCAUCUGCUUGUCAAGAUUCUUCUGAUACUGAAUUCCGGACUGCAUUUUCAGUUAUAAAUGUUUUUUAGAUUUAUUUUGGUGGGCAUGUGGACUGAAACUAACCCACAUGGAGUAAAACCUUUGUAUUUUGGAGGUUUUUUAAUUUUUGAGGUUCGUUUUCUUAUUUAGAUUUUGUAUAAUGUGUAUUUUGAUCUUUGGAAACCACUUUGACAUCUAGAUGGUGAAAGUGGGGUGUAGUUUUUUUUUAAUUAAAAAAAUAUUUAAUUAAUGGAAUGUUGUUCAAAUUUAUUCAGCAAGACUAUUACAGUCAGCAUUCAAUAAUUUACCUCUUUAAACUGGCCCAGCCUUGCUUCUAGACCUGCUUGCUAUACAGCAAUGCCUCACCUGGUGCUGAGGUGCAGCAGUCCGCUUAUCACAAACUGAGGGGCCCCUGCCUCUGACAAGGAUGUGGCUGUAAAUAUCAGAUGGGUCUCACCUCCCUCCAAGUUAUUGUUAGUUGCUAUUACAUUUUUCUUUUUUAUCAUAUACUUGUGCUGUUGCUAAGUUUUUAAAAAAGACGCAGAAGCAGCGUCUGAGAGUGUCAAGCCAUUUUAAUAACCAGUUUCAAUUCUUGUUCGUGUCAAGGCAGGAGACGAUUGAGCAGCUGCUAAGCAAUAUGCUGGAUGGAGAACGGAGCGAGUCUGUCAUUGUCAAUGGGAUCCAGGUCUUGCUGACCCUGUUGGAGCCGCGCAGACCCAGGUGUGUGGGGUGGGUCUUAUACACGCACAGGCAGAGGUUGUAAUGCAACAGGUGCAUCCUGUUUGCAGUACAGCAAUGUUGCAUCCUGAUAUCCACUUUCCCCCUUUAAAAACAAAAACACCUAAGCCCCUGAAGGUUGUGGUCAAAACAGAUAUGCCAGGUCUUUUAAAAAAUCUCCAGUAAAUCUGGAUGCAGCUGUGUAGGGAGGUCAGGGCUUCAGGAUCUGUCGCCUAGCUUUUGGCUUUGGAAAUGAUUUCCUGAUCCUGUUGGCCAUCGGGCUCCAGCAUCCAUAUAUUUCACUAAACGCGUUUUCCCUUUCGCUACUCCCAAGUCUUAAAAAUAAACGCAACCUUUUCCCCUCAAGUAGUCCCAGCCCCCUCCAACAACAUGAAUCCAGGAAGCAAAAUGGAUUGCGCCAAAGGAGGAGAAAAGGAUUCAAAGCACAGUGCACAACACCUGACUUGAUUGGCAUAAUUUAUUCAAACAAUUUGAGUUUCCCUGGCAUAGAAUUGAGGUAGCUGAGGUUUGUCCUUUGCGGAAGCCCUUAGAUCUGGAUGUUGAGACAUGCUGGUUGCUCUUGUUCUUCUUUGCAGGACAGAGCUGGGCGGCAUGGGGGGCUUUUACUGCAACCUGGAGGGGCAGAUGGAGAUGACCGGGCCCAACUGUGAAGUGGCUUCAAGCCAAGCCAGUCUGGGCACUCUGCUUGCCAUCAAACAGCGUCUCAGGGAGCUUCACCAGCUGCUGCUUGACCCACCAAAGGUUGGUUUGUGUGUGCACUUGCUUCGAUGGCAUGGAAACGCUGGGGGGAUUCCAGCAGCAUGCUUGGCCUUAGGGCCAUUUCAAGAGUUAAUAGUAUUCUGUGGGUGCAAAGGGUCCAAGCCCCUCUGUCUGGUGUGGGAUCCUCAAGACAGUGCCCUCAAACAGCCUCCCCCAACCUGGUGCCCCCCAGAUGGUUAUGUACUAAAACUCCCAUCAGCUCCAGCCAGCACAGCUGGGGGGUUUGUAACCCAUGACCAUCUGAAGGGUACCAGGUUGGGCUCGUUAUAGGCAAGGGGGCAAAAUCUAAAAAUUCCAUGCUUACAGUUUAUCCUGAAUUUAUCCUCUCUCGGCGGUUGGAGUCCCUUCUCUGGCACAGCCCAGCAGUGAGGUGGGAAGGGAGUGUUGAGGUGUAAUAGGGGCUUGUGAUGGACCUGGAAUGCUCUCUCUCCUUGCUCUCUCCCUCUGGCAGAAAGAGUCCCUGCAGACGACGUGGGGGAUCUUGGACCCUCCGUUGGGCAACACACGCCUGCACGUGGUGAAGCUGCUGGCCAGCUCAUUGGGCACCAACAACGCAGCACUGCAGGAUGAGAUUAUAGAGCUCGGGGCCCUCGACACAAUGUUGGUGAGUAGCAGCACGGCACCCGCUGGCUGUGGCCUCAGACACUCCUCUCCCAGGGUAGCAUAGGCAUACGUUUCUAGGAGCUGGAAAAGUUUGUUAGGCUCUUUUGUUUUAUCAGGGGUGGGGAGGAAGAGCAAUACUUCUGGAAAGCAUGUUGUCUUUGCAGUAUUUGCUCGAUGGACAAUACCAAGCCCUAGCAUAGAAAAAAAAAAGACUUGUCCUGAAAUGAUCGUGUAAAUAACAACAAAGUUGUAUUUUAGAAAGAAGCUGCUGCAAAAAAAAUUCUAGGGAGAUUGCCUAAUUUCAGUAUUCUUAGUUGACAGAUUCAAAGUCAUAGUACAAGAAAUAAAAACAAAUCUGCCCAGUUAAUUGUGGGAGGGGGUUUCUUUUCUUACUAAUGAAAACAUGUUUUAACUGAUUUAAUGUUACUGGUGGUUUAACAUUUUCAAGUUUACAACACUGGUUUUUUUGUGUGACAGUGGUAUUUCAAAAAGUGGCCAAUUCUUAAUUUGGGUGAAUGUAAUCAGUCGUACUAUUUAGACAAUAUCAAGUGCUGAUUGACUAUAUUUAUUUAUUUAAUCAUUCAUUCGUUCUCCUUCUCUCUCUUUCUGCCAGGACCUCUACUUCAAGUACACAUAUAACAACUUCUUGCACGCUCAGGUGGAGGCCUGCCUUAGCAAUGUUUUCACUUCCCAUGCUGGGGAUGAGACCAUUGAGAACCACUCAGAGCCCCUCCCAGAGAACCCUGUCAUCCAACAUGUAGGUUUUGGUUGUGGGGUACCCUUGGUUUCAAGCUCUCUGUAUGGGUUGGGGCAUGAAUUGUUGAAGAAAGGAGCAGAAGGUUGUGAUCCCACGUGAAAAGUGGGAGAUAAGAAUUGAGGAUCAAGCCAGUUUUCAUGGCUAAGAAAACUACAGUGAGUAGAAUAGGGUUGAAAGUGGUUGUCUGGGCUUAGUUGAUAUUAACUGGAUUGUAACCCGCCUUGGGAAUGGACUAGCUGGGAAAGGCUCCCACUGUUUGACAUCCAGAAUCUUCUAUCUGCAGUUUUCUUCAGUUUUAGCAGAAACCACCAACACUUGUCUAGAUUUUACUGUACACCAGUGAGGAGCAGAAAUCUUUUAAACUGCAAGGUUGAAACCUUUUGGGUUCUUGUUAAGAAACUGGAAUCCUAUCAUUCUUAGUGAAAUGUGGUGUUGAUGUUCCGGCAUCCCUUAUGUGAUGAGCCCCUUUGUGCUCCUCCCUGCAGUUGCUGCAGAAGUGUCGCUUAAUCCAAAGAAUCUUGUCUGCCUGGGAAGAAAAUGAGCUAUCACAGUGAGUACUGGGGUGUCUUGGUUGGAUUUUCCUCUCCCCAUCUUCCCUGGUCUCGAACCCUCUCCCCUGGAAGAAACCCAGUGCCCUGGGUAGACCCAGACAUCAAUGGCAAUCUAAGAUUCCAGAAAACAGAAUCUCCAAACCAUGGCAUUCAGCAAUUUUAGGAGUGCAUUAUAAUGCCACAUAACACUGGGGUGGGCAGACCCACUCCUGGAGUUCUUUCUGCUCAUUCCCUGAUGCAGCCUUCCUCAGCCUGGUACCCUCCAACCCCACUCCCUUUCAGCCCAAGCCAGCCUGGCCAGGGGUAAGGGGUUAUGGGAAUUGUAGUUCAAAAUAUCUGGUUCGGGUAGUCUGUCCUUCAAGGCUCUUUUGGCUCAUAGUGUUUCAUGGGGUGCUUGCUAGCAUCUUCCAUUCCUUAAGGUCCUGACCUCCUGAUCAGGAUACUUUUACUCCUCCAUGCACCUGGAAUAUUCCUGCUACUGCUUGUUAAAAAAAGUGUGUGUGUGUGUGUGUGUGUGUGUGUGUGUGUGUGCGCGCGCGUGUGUGUGUGUGUGUGUGUGUGUGUGUGUGUGUGCAUGCAUGCUGCUGUAACUCCUUCCAACAACCUCUAGUCUUCUGUGGGAGUGUGCUGAGAUCAAUCCAUUCUACAGUUCAGGGCAAUAGUCUGACUGUUCCUUCUGGUCAUCCCUUAUGCAUAAUCAAGCCAGUUUGUCCAGCUUCAACCUACAAAGGCCAUACAGAUUCUAAAGCCUCCCAUUCCUCUGUCAUUCCACCUGUGCCUUUCAUUUCCUAAGGGACAUGGCCUGCAGGAACCAUGAGUCUCCAUCCUCUCCCAUCUUCUGUUGCAGGUCUGAUGGGGGAAGACGCAAGGGCUACAUGGGGCAUCUUACCCGCAUUGCCAAUGCCUUAGCUCAAGCCUCAGAGAAGUGGCCCCACUCCACCCUUAUCAAGCAGCUCUUGAAAGGUAAUGGGUUUGGCAGCUCCAGGGAGCGGGGGUUAGGGUCAUGUGCCUUACAUAGGGUCCGCUCAAAUGAUUCUUGAAGGCUUGAAGCAUAGGCUCUUUGGCUCAUGGAAGCAUUCUGGGAAUUCCACUGCUCGCCUUUUCUGGUGGGAGAAAUAGGGGGCUCAUCUCUGUGCUGGAAUGCCGCUGAGUCUGGGGUAGGAUGUGCUGUUUAUAUAGGGAGUUUCCAUCUGAGCAGGAGCUGGAGAUCAUUGCCUUUCUAGGUCUAUUCUUCAGCCUUAAGAACCCAAGUUAAAGAAAACUGGGUUUAUAUAAUUCUGCAAAUGUUCAUACCAUGGGUGUGUAUUUGUUUAGGUUUGGAAAUCUGCAUUCAUAUUCAUUGGAGACUGGGAAAUUAGAGUUUUUUGGGGAGGCAGGGAGAAAGUCAGGGCUAUCACGUUGAUUGUGUGUGAGUUCUGCUAAAUGAACCUUGUGGGGCAGCUUAUUUGUUCAUAUGGCUGGAAACCCAAGUUGGAAAUGGUUGCUACAUUUUUAUCCAAGGAGUUGAAAGCGGUAUAUGUGGUGCCUGCCCCCAGCCCCAUGUUAUCCUUACAGCAUCCCUGUACGGUGGGUUAGACUGAGAGAGAGUGGCUGGUCUAAGUUCAGCCAACAAGCUUCAUGGCUGAAAGGGAACUUGAACCUGAAUCUCUGCAGAAUUAGGGUCCAGUGCUCAACACGCUACCUGAUCCUGUCUUCAUGGCUCAGUAGUUGUAACAAAGUGCUUUUAUUGUUUUGGGCCCAUAAGAGGCAUUCAUGUCAAAAUCAUGAAAAAUUGAUGGGCUCUCCUUUUUCUGUUGACACCACUUGAUUGUGUCUGUAUUGGGAAGAUGGGGAGGGCAGACAGAAGGCCUGAUGGCUUGCUCUGUUAUUUUUACCUCAUGGAAGAGUGUAAAAUCCUCCCCCCCCCCCCAUAGUUCCUAGUAUGCAAUUGCUGAUCUCAUACCAUCCAUACUUAUAAAAGAAGCUUGUGGCAUUUUGAAGACUAAACAAAUCUAUCAUGCCAUAAGCUUUUCUGCAUCAGAGUCCACUUCAUCCAUUGCAAUAUACAUUGCAAGCAUUUCUCCUAGACAGAUACUUGGUCUGAUCCUAGAUGACUUUAAAAGGGAAUUGUUAGACUGAUCCAUGAAGUAGAGCUCUGUCAAUGGCUGCUAGCCAUGGUAGCUUAUAUAUAGAAACUUUAUGUUCAAAGGCAGUAGCAGUUUGGGGGAGGGGGGCUUUCUGGAAAAACAUCUCGUAAACCAUUUCAUAAACUGUUGCAGCCUUCUUCAAUCUGAUGCCCCCAUCAGCCCCGGCCAGCACAACCUGACCCUAUUAUUUCAGGAGUGGGGUUGAGCUUCCAUUUCAAAGACAUGAAAUCCUGUUCCUCUCCCCUUAUACCUUCUCUUGGAACAGGAAGUAAUGUUAAACAAAAUUUCAUGUGCUUGGAAUGGAUUCGGGCAGCUCACACAUGGUGAAUGAGCUUGACCUCACUCAGUGACAGCUACUGCUUUGCACACAUUUGGAAGAGAUCAAGCCAACUUGUGGUGGAACAUUCAAGUGAGCAUCCUGAAGAGAAUUUGUCAAAUGAAGCAAAUGUAAUUGGCUAAAUUAAUGUUUAACUGCUUGCAUAAUUCCACUUGCUGUGAGCUUUCAUAAUGAUUUAUUAACUUAUUGGAUCCAGAGGGUGGUUUAUUUUUAUACUGCUUUUCAUCCCAAAUUCCUCCAAACUAGGGUAGCUAAGGUCCUCUGCUGAUCUUGGUCUUGGUAAGAAGAGAGAAAGGGAACUGGUGGGUGACACAGCUGGGGAAAGGGAAUGGAGAUUUCUUCUGGUUGAUGGGAGGUGUUCCUUGACUUGAAGCUAUCAUUCGUGUGUGGCCGCUCCCUCUUGUAUUUUGCCAUCUCCACUUGCUACCACAAUGUGUAUCAUAAAGUAAGGUCCUUCUGCCAUCUCACCCACCUGAGCUGACAUGUUCCACUUUGCAGAGCUGUCUGAGGAGGAACAGGAGCAGUGGGAGAAGUUUGUCUCAGGGCCCUUGUCGGAGACUAACAAGAAGAACACUGUGGAUCUUGUGAGUCCCCUCUCUUUGUGUCUUAUGCUCCAGCCACUCCUGAUUAUAAAAUGGUUGGCAGGGUUCUGGAAAAGGUACUACAAGAGAACGGGAAAACGGUCCCCUUUCUUUCUGCAUCCAUCGGAGCGCUCUCUGUUACUGUCACAUGCCACAUGUACUAGGUUUUACCACUGCCAUUGGAAAAAUGAGCUUUGGGGCUCCAGAGUUAAGCACUUGGUUUUUGGUUAAAGGGCUGCUUUUCCAGCUGGCCAGAGUCUGCCAAAAUGCUUAGCUUGGCUGACGGCAGUGGAAUUGGUAGAACAACUACAACUCCCAUCAGCCCUAUGGCCAAUGGUCAGGGGUGAUGGGAGCUGGUCUGUCAACAUCUGGAGGGUCACAGGGAAUAGUAGGUUCUAUUAGCUGAUUCUCUGGGGCUUGGCCACUCAGUCUUUGCCUUGUACUUUAUUUUGUUUUAUUCCCGUUGGAAGACUCACUUAAUGGAUUCCUUCAUCUUCCUUUCCUUCAGGUUAACAUGCACAAUCUCCACUCGUCAAGUGAUGAUGAUGAGAACGACCUCAAGGAGUUCAGCUUCCCUCAGGAGGCUGUCCUGCAGCAGGCAAGUGCAGCACCUUCCAGUUGUGCCCCCUUGUCUUGCCAGGGCUGGAACCAUGCCCACCUGUGUGCUUGCUUAGAAACCUAGAACAAUUUCCCCAUCCAGAAGCAGGAGCAAGGUCUAAAAUUCUUAGGCCUGCUUUGGUCGCUUCCCCUGAUUUUCUUCUUUCUUUUCCACAAACUUUAAUUUGUAUCCUGCCAGCCCCAUUCCUCACCCCCUUUACUGUAUGUGGCAUUCUGUUCUCCUAGUUGCCGCUUUUGGUACUUUUUUGUUGUCUUCAUGAGUUGCUUUGUACACAGCUUUGUAUCUCUUACCCAGAAAAGUGGGUUACAAAGUGAUACAAUAUGAAACAGCUAAACGAAAUGCUGGGCAGAUGCCGCUUGUCAUCAAGCAAAUGAUAUUUGGGAUGAGCUCCUUCCUGUAAGCUGAGUUCAAACAGGGUUCACUUGGCAGAUUUGGAUUAGGAGUUUUUCUGGGGGUGGGAAUGACUAUUGUAUUCAUGUGUUCUCAUACAGCAUUUAGGUAGAUCCAUUGGGCCUAGUAAGUUUCUCCUCCUCUCUCUUCCUAUACCCUUCCCCCCCCCCCAUAUUUCCAUUUGAACUGUAAUUCACAUUUUCCCUCAUUUCCUUUUCCUCCUCCUCUUUAUAGGCCUUUGUAGAUUACCAGCUGCAGCAGAUGACUUCAGCGUUCAUUGACCACUUUGGCUUUAACGAUGAGGAAUUUGGCGAGCAAGAAGAGAACGUCAAGUUAGUGACUCGGUUCACGGCCUCCCCUUUCCUCUCCCCUUUGAUGUGCUUGUGUGUCAUUGUCUUGUUUUUUACUUGCUCUGUGCUCUUUUGGCUGAGAAUAAGUAUAGCCUCCAGUGGGAACAAUAGCACGCAGCAUCAGGGGGGUUUCUGCGUUGUUCCGGCAAGGAAGCAUGCUUGUCCUGCGGGACUCACAGUCAGAACUCUGGAUGGGGUGAAGUGUCCAUAACCCCACAUGGGAUUGCACCUGCUCGGGCUGGCAGUGCGUGGAGACACCUGGCCUCAUUUGUACUUGCCAACAAGAAAGAGAUUAUUCACUGGCCUGCCGCAAAAUCUGGGGCGCAUGUUAUUUGCAUGCACUUGCACACGGCACUUGGUGCCGGGCGUUUUGUCCUGGAGUAAGAAAGAUGCACAACGUAGACCUGGGAAGGGACAUGUGGUCUGUGGCCUCUUGUCCUGAAGUUCUGCCUAUAGGAGAUGUUAGAGGCUCAUCCUGAGCAAGGGGCUGAGGUCUGUAAGCCAGUGUUGCUUGUCUUCUCUUGAGAAGGCAGGUGGAGGGCCCAGGAAGCAAGGGGAGACAUUUCCAGCCUUGUCUCAAGCCCCUAUUCUUUUGAUCAUUGAAAAAAAAAUGGAUCAUGAAAAGAGCCCUAGUGGGUCAGACCAAAGGCUGUUCUUGUUCAGCAUCCUGCAUCCCUUUCUGGCCAUUGAGAUGCUUCCGAGAAGCCCACAAGCAGCGCAGGAUAGGUUCCGUCAGCCAUUUGGAAUGGAAGGGUGACUAGGUUCUUUGGGAGGAAGAAUGAGAUUUCUUCCAGACCCAGCUACCACCUGAGUCUCUGGCUCCAAACGUGUUUUGCUCAAUUCACUAACUAGAUCAUCUUGCCUGGUAAGGAGGAAGGUGCCUUGGAUUCCUGGGUCCUGUUACCAUCUAAAUAUUUAAUGUUCUCAGCAAAGAUUGCCCAAGAGUUUGUCCUCUGCCUCCCCUCCCCCCUUUUUGGCAACAGCUUCAGCAUGAAUCCCAUCUUUCCAAAGGGCUGAAAUAGCGCAAUAGAGGGAGUCUAGGGUGACAUGGAGAAUUCGCUCACCCCACCCCAGGGCAGUCUUUCUUUUCCCAGCCCCUCUGAUUUCAUGUGUCUGCCUCUCUCUCUCUUUCUCUCCCUCUCUCCCUCUCUCUGCCUAUCUGCCCUGCAGUGCUCACUUCCGACAGCUGAAAAGGUAAUGCCUAACACGCUGCUAUGCUCCUCUCCAGCCACAGGCGGGGGUGUUGGGCUACAUCCGUCCCCCGCAUCUGUGCAGUGCCACCUACCUCUUCCCCGGUUAAGGGUGCACCACCCAAGCAGAUCAGACUAGAAGUGAAAGCCCAGGUGUAUUCUGCAUGCGCACAUAUUGAGCUUCCCUCUUGUAUGUGUGCUUUAAAGUAUAGCUUUGUGCCCUGAACCCUUUGGAAAUAAGAUGGACAAAUCAACAAGGGCAUGGAAAAAACACUGGUAGCUCGGUUGGUAGAGCACGAGACUCCUAAUCUCUAGGUCAUGGGUUUGAUCCCCACAUUGUGCAAAAGGUUCCUAGAUUCUACAAUUCUGUGGCUGGUAGAAGCCUGGGGGGCCUCUCCUCUCCUGACAGCAGCUCACGGGUGUUUUAGUUCUGGCUGCCGCUAUGGCUGUCCCUGCCAUUAUGUAGAUAAUACCGGGAACAGAAAAGGGAUCUGAAGCUAGUUCUAAUUAUGGGAAGUGUUCAGAGGCAAAGCGCACGCUAGCUUGGGGAUUCUGUCCAGGUGGGAGAGGCGGAUCUGUGAAAAUGCUCAUGUGGGGAGAAGUCGCCUCUCUAUAUGAACUAAGAUGUCCUUAGGCAAUCCGCUGUCUCUGUCUCAUGCCACCACUCCCACCCCCAAUCUCCAAUCUCUUGAGGUAAGAGCAACUUAAUUUGCAUGGCCCCGCCUAGUGGAGCAAGUGGGAGGGGCAAUCCUCCCGCAAGAAAACAAAGCUUCGCGGUAGGUUCAGUGCUACAUUCUUUCCCAAACUAGGCCUUGGUCCUUUCCCGUGCCUACAUGCAGUGACGUUCCGACCUGCUUCUCUUGUUUUCUUCCAGUGCUCCCUUUGACAAGACGGCCAACAUCACCUUCUCCUUGAAUGCUGACGACGACAGCGUAAGAGCCGCUCCUCUAGAGCUUUACUCCUCUUUGCUUCCCCUCUGCACCUGGCCUGGGCUCUGAUCCAUCUCUCUCCUCCACCCCUUUCUCACAGCCCAACUCCAACCUCUUCGACAUCUGCUACAAAGAGCGCAUCCAGCAGUUUGACGAUGACGACGAGGCUGACGGUUCAGACGGGGAGGACAUCUGGCAGGAGAAGGAGGCUGCUGUCUCUUCUGGUAUGGCACAGCCUGCCACAGUCAGGUAGGAGAUGAUCCCCUGCCCAAAGACCUCCUGGCGCUCCUGGGGUUGGCCAAAUGGGCUUUGGACUAAAGGUGCCAAUUGGUUCCUUUCGCUCUUACUUUCCUCCCUUCACACAGAAGAAUUUUCCUUUGUGUUCAUCGUGCUCACUUUGAUUUUCAUAACCUUCUUCCAAGCGCACUUUAUGCAUUUAAUAUUUGUAAAAAAUAUUUAUAUACCACCUGGUACAAUCUGCCUUAAGGUGGUGUACAUGAAUUUAAAGUGUGUUAAAACAAUCAGAACAGUGAAUAAGAUGCAGCUGGUAAAGUGCAACAUUGACUGACUCCCCAAGAGUAAAUACCAGAGUACAGGCCUUUUUCUUUCCCCUAAUUUUAUUUAUUUAUUUAUUUAUUGAAUUUAUUGAAUUUAUAUGCCGCCCUAUACCCAGGGGUCUCAGGGCAGUUCACAGAAUAAAAUCAAGAUAUAAAACCACAAAAUACAUAAUAAAAAUAAAAACAACAACCCAAUAGCACCCCCCCCAAAAAAAACACAUUUUAAAAGGGCAUAGGAUGUCAAUCAGAUCAACCAAAGGCAUUGUUAAAAAGGAAUGUUUUUGCCUGGCCUAAAGGCGUAUAAUGAAGGCGCCAGGCGAACUUCCCUGGGGAGAGCAUUCCACAGACGGGAAGCCGCUGCAGAGAAGGCCCAACCUCGCCAAUGAACUAGUAUCAAUGAACUCAUAUUUCUCCUGCUUUGACUCUUAUAAAAUUAGCUUUCAUUGUCUUGUUACGUCCUGUGUAAAGUGCACUUUUCUCAGUUGUUGUCGUCCUGUUCUUUCCCCUCCCUUUUUGUGUCCUGUCUCUUUAAAUCAGCCUUCGGCCAUGCUGGCUGGGACUGAUGGGAGUUGUAGUCCCCAAACAUCUAAGGGGCACCAGGUUGGUGAAGACUGCUUUAGUUGGACUCUUUAGACUUGCUGUGAUAGGGCUUUCUGCUCAUAGGGAAGAGGGCAUCCUCAAAUGGGGAAGCAGCCCUCUCCCACCCGCUUGCCUAGGCAGGACUUCUAGAAGCUGCUUUCUCUUUCUUUCGCAGGUCUGCUUUAUUACCUAGUUUUAAGUCGUUCGGUCAAGGAAUAAGGUGGCUACUUCGUGGCUUUCCUAAGCCCACAAGGGCUUCAUUUCUACAAAGCCUUUUCUCCUUCUGCCAGGGCCUAGCUGGUUUCUAAUUUGUAAUUUGUACAGUACUCAGCACAGCCUAAAUUGCUUAAUAAUUUAUAGCACUAUUAUUAGUAGUAAUGAAAUCCUGUACUGCGAUGAAUUGGUGUCCAGUAUCUGCCUCUCUCUUCUAAAUGUACGUGGCCAGUCUCUUAAGUCUGCUUCUCCCCACUCCUAUUUCCCAGCCAUUAUUUGUCCCCCUGAAGAUGGUCUCUGUUUUAUGCCAAUUAUAUGUUCCUUUGGGGGAUCUGUUGUCCCGUUCCCCACCCCCACCCCCCCCGCUUACCUAGUCUAAUAACUCUAAUACUGAAGGCCGGGUUUUACAGUCUCUGCUCUUUUGGUUUCAUUCUUUUUCUCUUUUUUGCAACAAGUGGGAUUUUUCUCACUGAAUGAGAGACCCUGUUUUGUUGCCUGCAUCUUAUAAAAGCCCCGUGGAGCUCCUGCUUUCUGUCUGUCUCUCUCUGUACUUUAGCUUGUUGGGAACCUAUUGGAGGGGUAGGCAAUGGAUUUUCUUUCAGAUGUGGUAAACUUUAACUGCUAGCAGCCCCAGCUAGUGUGGCCAAUGGUAUAAUGGAUGUUGGGAGCUUCUGUCCGAAACACGCCUUCUCCAUUAGCAUUUCCAAAUGCAAUGGCCUUUUUGAGGCCAGUCUUGGCAUUGCCAGAAAUUAACUUCCUGAUCUUUAUGCUUGAAUUUUCUAUCAUUGCUAGCUAGAUCUAGGAAUUUUCCUUUUCAUCAGCUACAUCUAGGAAUUUCUCUUAAUAGCCCGCCCCCCAAAUUACUUUAUCCUAUCAGAUUGUUUUCUUUCCAUUUCCUUGUGAAGAAAAGAACUGUUCUCUUUCACAGCCCUGGCCUCUUCUCUCCUCCUGGCAUUUCAGUUAGUGCUUGAAGAGUGUCUGGCAGCAUACAGGUUUUGUAUAGCGAGGACCCAGGCUGAAUCCUCAGAACCUCCAGGGCAGCGGUUCUCAACCUGUGGGUCCCCAGAUUUGUUGGACUACAACUCCCAUCAUCCCUAGCUCGCUGGCUAGGGGGACUCACAGGUUGAGAAAGGCUGCUCCAGGGGAAAGUACCUUGCGUAGCAGGGGUUGGAGCCCAGGACCUGCUGCCAGUCAGAGUAGGUGAAUACUGGGUUAGAGGGACUCAGUGGUCCAUCUUCGUAUGAGGCAGCUUCAUGUGUUUCUGGUGCGGAGAGAGGGGUAGUAUCUCCCAUUUGUCCAACAGGGUUGGGAUGGAGAAACUUGCCUGCUGUGCGCAUGAUCUGAAAUACCUCUCUUCCUUUCUUCCCCUCCUCCCCUUUUCGUUUUAAGCAGGAGCCUUGGCAGCACAGAUAGUGAGGACAGUGAAGACUCAGAAGAGGGAGAAGGAGGCGAGGAGGAAGAUCCCGGUGGGGGAGAUGGAGAUGCCACACAUGUCAGCAACGGUUGUGGUGAACAGACGGAGGUGGAGAGAACAUUAGGAGGUCAGGGCUCCAGAGAGACCCAUGUGGUCCGAGGGAGGGAUUUGGUAGAGGGUGAAAGAGAGGCUUGUCACAUCUGCUUAUUGACUUGGGGAUGCUCCGCUACAAAUAAGGAACAGCAGAAUCCAACACAGACAAGCUUUGGGAGUGGGAGGGAGCUAGCAGCAUACCAAUUCUUAGCCACAUGGGGAAAUACCGUAUUUUUUUGCUCUAUAAGACUCACUUUUUCCCUCCUAAAAAGUAAGGGAAAUGUGUGUGCGUCUUAUGGAGCGAAUGCAGGCUAUGCAGGUAUCCCAGAAGCCAGAACAGCAAGAGGGAUCGCUGCUUUCACUACGCAGCGAUCCCUCUUGCUGUUCUGGCUUCUGGGAUUCAGAAUACUUUUUUUCUUGUUUUCCUCCUCCAAAAACUAGGUGCGUCUUAUGGUCUGGUGCGUUUUAAAGAGCGAAAAAUACGGUGAUUUAUCUGAAACUGGAGGAUUUUGUAAUUCAAGCAGGAGAGUGAUAGAUUUUGCCUUGGUCUUCCUGCCAUUUUCCUUGUGAUCUCUCUCUUUCUCACACACACACACCACAUUUAUGUGAUCAUCAGUAUCUGGGAAACGUAGAGAUUUCAGGACCUGGAUUGUAUCACUGGUUAGAUCUGACCUCCUUUUCUAAUCUGUUCUUCCUAGAUCCUGACUGGGCAGAUAGCCCCUCUGAUUCUUCCUCGGAAUCUAUGGUGUCCUCGCAGCCUGUGGCAGCUGACACAGGAGCAGCAGUGUGGGAUCGUCCCAACUCAGAUGCCUCCUGCCCCACCACAGAUAAGAACUGGGCCUCAUUUGCAGAACCCCAUAUACAGCAAGAGAGGUGAGGCCUUGGAAGGCUUAACCUGUUUAAGACCAGCUGGAUGUUCAGAGCAGGAGACUAUUUGGGCGUCGGAGGGAGAUAAUGAACCGGCCGAGCCAUUGGAAGUCACUGGGGAGGCUGGUACUGAGGGAGAUGGGUUUGAGGCAUCAACACGUGAACAACUCUUGCUAAAGCAUCUCUGACUGCCCAUAUGUUACUUGGCCAAGUUGAAGUUUCUUGUGUUAAUAUACAAAACCCUGGACAAGUUGGGUUCAGGAUACCUUAAGGGCUGCCUGAGCCCUUAUAGGCCAGCUUGUUCACCAAGAUCAUCUGAAGGAGCACCAUUAGUUGACCCUGCAUUACAGAGGCUUAACUGGCUUCAGUUGGAACUUGGGUUCCCAAACUGUGCUCCAUGAUCCACUAGCGUCCUGCGAGCCUCAUUUGGGUGGUCCUGCAGCGUGGCUGUGAAUUUGUGGUUGAAGACAGGAGAUGGCACAUUCAUUGCAUUACAUAUUCAUAUUGAUUUUUCAUUGUAUUUUUAUUGCUUUCUUUUAGUCCUUACAUUGCAUUACAAUUUGAAUUCUGUGGAAUUUAAAUCAUUAAUACAAUAAAAUGUAAUCUGUAAGAAAUAAAAGAAACUAUGAAAAUACAGUGAAAAAUCAGCCGACAUCUAGCAUAGCACAUUACAGUUGCUACAACAGGCAGAAAAAUCAUCAAGUAGCCAUUUUCAAAUGGUCGGUGGGAGGAAAAAAAUGGGAACCAGGAAUCAGUUCAUUAAUGUUUCCAGCCCCAUGCUGUGGGACACUCUUCCAGCAGAGAUUAGGUAGGCAUUCAGCUUGUUGAAUUUUCAGGUACGCAGCUAUUUCAGCUUCCUUCGUUAGACAGUCAUUUUAGUGAUUAUUUUGCAUUUUUCCUAUGUUAUUUUGUUUUCUUGUACUUGCAUAUAUUGUGCACAGCCUCGAUAUUUUACGAGUUGGAGGCAUAUAACUAAAUUGAAAUUAAAGACCCGACCCCCCCUUCUGAUUUUAUCCUUUUGGCCUCCAGGCCCCCCAAAGCACUUGUGGACCCUGCUUCCCCUGCAGCCCCCCCUCAGGAAGUGACGCAAAGCAAUGUAUCCACAGCAGGAGGUGAGUGGUGACCUACAUCUUCUGAAACGGGAUGGCAUCCAGAAUGUAAGGCGUUGCUUCUUUUCUCCCCUCCCACACAGCUAUUCUUCUCCACACUCCUUGGCACCUGCUGGUUUGCGUACUGUGAAAUGGUUUCCCUUACUGUUGCAAACAUGUGAGCGCUCGAGCAACACAUUUUCUAAGUUGCUCGCCCAAACGUCUCAGUCCCUCACCUCUGCCAAGUGAUCUGCCCCUUUUGGAGGGCAAAGACAUUUGGAUUGUGCUUUAGGCAAACAGUUGGCCAGCCGGUACUUUCCAUAGGAUGGUAGCACUGGGACCCAGCUGCUGGCAGUUGGACUUCUGUGACCUAAAUAAAAUCUGUAGUUGGCUGCUCUUGCUCUGCCUUAAUAGAAGUGGCUGCUCUAACCUAGGGCAUGGCCCAGAUGAUGCCAUUAACCUAAAGUACAUUUCCUUCCUACCUACCUCAAAUUGAAAAAAUAAAGUUCUGGUGACCACAGCAGUCACCUCGUGCCUGGUUAGUGCUAUAGGGCCCCAAUUGGCUGGAAAACUUAAGGAGAGCAGGGGUCCUGGAGGAGGCAUAGCUCCUAUGGUCCUUGUUAGGCAACCAACCACCCAUUCCUUCAGGUUUCUCCUUCCUCUCUCUUCCCCUCCCCUUUGUCAACGAGGGACUUCUGUCCUUCUCCACAAAUGACUAUAAGGCAACAGUAGCAAUAUUAACAUAGAAUAGCCCAGCGGUAGAGAGGGCGCAGUUCGGAGUAAUGGACCCUUCCCUUAGCAUCUCAGCAGUUGGUUAGGAUGACAGAGCAACUUGCCCGUGUCUUUCCAGUGAGCUUCAAACCUUGAGCAAGGAGGGUUUUGGACCUGGGCUUCCCACAUCACACCCAUCUUUCUAACCUUUGCGCCACCCACUCUUCACCCUAAGCCACUUCCCCUGAUGACCAGCCCACUGGGAGUUCAGGGAGUUCUUUUGUGCAGCUGUGGGAGUUUGCUGCCACCUAGUCGUGUGAGCUUCCUAAUGACUAUGGUGCCUUCUGCUUCACUACUGUGUGUCUCUAGUACAUAUGAAAGCGAGAACCCGGGGGGGGGGGGUAGGCGGUUUAUGCCUGGAAGCUCAGAAAUAGCAGCUCCGUAGAGGUGAGGUUUACAGCAGUUGAGAGGGGCUGGGCUUUCAUACAUCACCCUUUCUGAGCCUGUCUGCUGCCUCUGGACGUGAUACACCCAUCACCAUUUACCCACUUACUAUUGAACUUCUUUCCCUCUUUUUCUCCCCAACCCCACCCCUGCAGAAACCUCUAGUGUUCAACAGGAACCUCCCACUCCAGACACAGGCCCCCCAGAAGGGGGUGACCCACCAAAUCCCGUCACCAUGACAACAGUAGCCAGGUAAGAUGGUUAGGUGUGAUCCGUGACACAGAUGGCUCUUGGUUCCCCUGAAAAGUUGCUAAGAAGAGGAGGAGUUUGGAUUUGAUAUCCUGCUUUAUCGCUACCUGAAGGAGUCUCAAAGCAGCUAACAUUCUCCUUUCCCUUCCUCCCCCACAACAAACACUCUGUGAGGUGAGUGGGGCUGAGAAACUUCAAAGAAGUGUGACUGGCCCAAGGUCACCCAGCAGCUGCAUGUGGAGGAGUGGAGACGCGAACCCGGUUCACCAGAUUACGAGUCUACUGCUCUUAACCACUACACCACACUGGAACCCAAUUUUUAAGAUGAAUAAGUACACUAAUAUCAACAAAAUGCUCCAAAAGUCACCAGGUAUAUUGGAAGAGUAUUAAAAUAUAUUUAUCUGUGUGUAGACACGUGUGUAAAAACACACACACACAGUCUAGUUGGUGGAGUUAAAACAUUUUUUAAAAUAACCAACCUUUGACAUUGAUGGUCACCGUGGUAAAUGUUACUCUGCGCUCUAGCAAGCAGAACACAUGGAUCUUGUAAUGAUCCUACUUCCGAAAAACAAAAGAGAAAGGAACCACAACCCCAGGCUUGGGUGGCAUGGCAAACCAGGCCACUUUUUUUUCCAGCAGCAUGGCAGGGGCAGGGAUUUCAGCAACAGGCACCAGCCUCCUGCUCAUUCACAUUAAACCAUAGAUUGCUGUAACAUGUGAACCACCAGACUGUUACAGAUCUGGGAGCUUGUCCCUUUUAAAGCGGGUGAUUUUGAAGCUUUCCUUUUCAGUCAGGCUUUUCGUGACUAGGACUUAGGGAAGAAGAGAGAAGGAAUUGUCUUGUUAUGCUGGCUCUGAUUUUUAUCUGGUCCUUUUUUGUUGCGCUAUCUACACUGUUGAAUUUGAACUGUAUUCCACUGGGAGAAUUAUUUGUGAUUUGAAAAGCAGGUUAAGAUGGACCUAGGGAAUAAAUACAUCACAUAUUAGAGGGCUGCAACCUUGAAAGGCUGGUAUGAAGGAAAAUUUGCCUCUUAAUCUGGCUUGAGGGGAUAGGGCAGAGGUUAUUGACACCUUGUCAGUAUCCUUUUGCAGUUCUUUACAGUGGUGCCUCGCAAGACGAAAUUAAUCCGUUCCGCGAGUCUCUCCGUCUUGCGGUUUUUUCGUCUUGCGAAGCACGGCUAUUAGCGGCUUAGCGGCUAUUAGCGGAUUAGCGGCUAUUAACGGCUUAGCAGCUUUAAGAAAAAGGAAACAAACUUGCAAGAACUCGCAAGACGUUUCGUCUUGCGAAGCAAGCCCAUAGGGAAAUUCGUCUUGCGGAACGACUCAAAAAACGGAAAACUCUUUCGUCUAGCGAGUUUUUCGUCUUGCGAGGCAUUCGUCUUGCGGGGCACCACUGUAUUCCCUUUCAGUAGUAUUCCCAGGGAACCAGGGUGGAUUUAAAUCACUAGUCAGUAAGACUUGAUUUAAAUCAUUUAUUACAGAAAGAAUCAUUCUUGUUGGUAUAAUCUUAAUAUUUACAACCAGGUGAAGGUUUUAUUUUUGGAAUAAUAAAUUUUCAGAGUAGUUUUUACAGUUAUAUGAAAAAUUACUGGUUUGGUUAUACUAUUAGAAAUACAUAGAUAAUUAUGAAAUUAUUGUGAGAUUUAAUAAGAUAACGGUUUAUAUUUGGACAACUUUUCUGCUGUACUUUAUUGGAAGGAGGAAAAUAAUCAUUUCCUUAGUAACAAUUUAACUAAAACAAUAUUAUAGUAUAUGUAUCCAUGUUUGUUAACUGAUGUUGUUAAACAUUUAUUUCUUUAAACAGACUGAGUUUUAGCACACAUGAAAAACUUUAAACAAAUCCUUAUUUCCUGAUGAAUAGCCUUUGGACUAUAAUGUAACUUAAAUAGAAAGCUAUCUUUAGGAAGAUUUUUCCUCCAAAAGCAUUUUAUUUUAAAAAUCCAAUUUAAAUCAAAAACAUUUGAUUUAAUAUUUUUUUAAAUCAAUUUUUUUUAAUCAAAAAAAUCAUUGAUUUUUAUCCACCCUGCUGGAAACCAUUAAUUUCUGCAGGAGAAACACAGCAACAAAACAGAUAUAGAGGCCAUAUUCCUUAUGUGAUGAUCUCUCUCUCACACACACUCCACAUUUACGUGAUCUUCAGUAUCUGGGAACGGUAGAGAUUUCAAGACCUGGAUUGUAUCACUGGUUAGAUCUGACCUGCUUUUCUAAUCUGAUUGUGAGAACAGUGUGUGUCAUGUGAAAUUUGACACUCCUUUCCAACAUGUGCGUGGUGUGAUCAGGCCACGGCUUCACUCCUACUCUGCCACCAGUUCCCUCUUGUCUUUCCUCAGCAGCACAGUAGAGCCUCCCCCAACUACCUCUGAUUCCGCCCAGCCGCUCCAGGGGACAACAGAGACUCCACAACCCCAGCACAGCAGCUCCCAACAGACAGAAGAGCAGCAGCAGCCGGCAGCCAGGUGAGGAGGGACUGUAGGUAAGAGGAGAUGAGCCUGCAAACUGCUCAUUGCUCUGCCUGCCAGGAUGUAGGAAGGAUGGCAUCUGGGAACCAGGAUAUGGGUUGGGAGUCCUUGGCUCAUGGAAGAGGGUGGGAUUCCCCUACAGAACCUCUCUUCUGCUUCGGACGUCGUGAGAACGAGAAGCUCGUUCUUGCUUUUUAAUACUGAAAGAAGAUGCUGAAUUCCGCACGUGAUGUAAAACUCCUGGAUUGUGCAGCUAGCUGCUCCUUCCCUCCUGCGGGAAUGCCCUCAUUCCUCUGUGUAUAAGCUGUAGACGAAAUAGUUAAUAUGCACUCACACCCCGUCCUUGUCUUUCCCCAGAUAAAGCCUCUCCGUGGGUCUCGUCACUGGGGAAGGCCCACAGCUGCUUGCUCGAACAAGUCCAUUUUGCCAGGGACUGUUCCCAGUCCUUCCGGUGCCUUCACCCCUGUGGGCAGGUGGGGGAGGGGGCAGAAGAGAAAGCAGCAAGGGGCAGCGAAAGAGCCCAGCCUCUCCCCCUAUCCCACCCCGAGCAAUCACGGAAGAAACCAGGACCUGGUACCGACGAGCACCUGCGAGAGAAACGGAUGUGCGUCCCAAGCGCAAAAGCAUCUUCCUCCUCCUGGCCCGUUGGUUGGCACAGCCCAGCAAGAGUGCCUCUCCCCCAGGAAUUCUGCAGGGCGGGGGGGAUCCGUCUCUCCUCCUUUGGCCUCUUUCCCCUACGAAACCCCCCCCCCGCCCCGCCCUCCCAGUAUGCAUACGUACACACUGCUGCACUGAGCAAAACCUGUCUGUUUUGAUGCAAUUAAAUUUUAUGCUUAUAUCGUACCAGAGGUCUUCUGAUGGGGGGGUAACACUGAACAGGGCGGGGAGAAAAAACCCCAUCAAGCAACAAUCUCGCCACUGUUUUGAGGGCUCUUCCUCUACCUGACAGCCACACCUGCAAGCACAAGUCUGCCACAGCUCCUCUCUCCUCAGCCCCCAUCUCCAAAUUUGCCCACAGGGUGGCAGGUCAGAUUAGCAUGGCAGAAUUAUCUCACAGGGUAAAGAAGGAUCAGGAGGUUGCCUAAAGCGGCUUCUCUGAAGACCGCUGCCUCAAGGUAGGGUUAGGAAGUGCAGUGAGGGGGGUGAGGUCGUGUGAGAGCUGUCCUUUCCUCGCUGGGAUGAAAUCGUGAUAUUUCUGCCCUCGUGACGCUUGUUUGAAGCUAAUAUCCAAGAGGAAGCAAUGGGUGGCCAAGGAGAGGGAGGCAGAGCCAGCCUUCCCUGUCUCCUGACUGAAAAUAGUUGCUUCCAUUCCCUGCCUGCCUCCCCAAACAUCGCCAUCAUUUAGGGUUCUUCAACCAGUGUACUCAGUGAAAAGAAUUUUUAGGAGAGAUGUGUGCGUACCACCAUGUGAAAUCUGGAUUGACCCUAAAGUUUCCAUCAUUUUGUUUCUCCCGCUGUCAGCAUACGUCCACCAGCUCACUGAGAUUUAAGCUGGACCUCCUCCCAGUGGAUUUUGCCUUCCCCACUCACUUUCCUUCCAGCAUUGGUUUGUUUCCUUCUCACUAUUAAAGAGCUCCACAGGAAGUCCACAGUCUCUCCCGCAUAUCCAAGCAGCAGCAUGGUCAGGAGGGGAAGCGCAAUACCCUGUCAUAGCAUCUUCCCUCCCAUGGCAGUGGUUGUUGAAAAAAGACAUGGGGGGGGGGAAUGAUACCCAUGCCAGCAGCACGUGUUCUAUAGUUGGUUUUGGAAAUGAUCCUUAGCCCUAAGCAGCCCCAUUGUGAUUUUAGAAACCCCACCAGUCUCCAACAGGGAGUUUGUCCAUGAAUAUUGGCUUGUCCUUCCGCUUCAUUGUGGCUGAUCGACAGACACCAGCUGCACAUUAACAGAUAAAAGAGUUGGUGGCUGCAUUUUGGCCCACGUCCUCGCUGCUCCUAACUGCAGCAACGAAAUAUGGAUCCAAAUAUUGCAAUCUUUUCCCUCGGGAGUCAUCAGAAAGGGAGAGGGUUUCUUUCUCUGGGGUUAUGCGGUGGGAUUCACCUUGCAGAACUACAGUAAGUACAUUGUAGAAAAGUAACUUUAGACCCCCAGUUUAUUCCUCCUGCAUCCCUGAAUCUGUUUGGGUUGUGUGGGUGGGGUUUUCUGCCCCCCUCCACCUACUUAAAACCAAAUUCUCCUGCCUCUUUGAGAGUUCUGGCUCAAAGUCCUGCACUUAACAACACAAAAGACCAAAAUGACCCUGGUAGAAUACCCUAGGGACCUAUCAUGCAGCCUCCCCUUCUCCAUAAUCCUUGUUCCAAAGAGAAAUGCCCUCCUGCUUCCAAGUUACACUCCCUUGAAGUCCAAGGAGCUCUUAUUCUUACUCCAACCAGAUCCUGCUCCUCUUCUCUUGGGGCUCCUAGAAACAGGAUUUUCCACCAAAGGCCUCAGAAUUACUGCUUUUUUCCUCUCUCUUCUGGCCUCCCAUCCAGCUGUUGACGUGCUUUGGACUUUUCUGUAGCUCCUUUUUCUAGUGUUUAAAGGAAAAACGAAAUCUCACUGCCUCACCCUUGCCUCUGACUACAGAAUUGGGACAAGAGCAUUGCAAAAAAGUUCAGCCAAGAACACCUUGAGAUUUGGAAGGGUACAUAACGCCAGUGCCCGUGGGGCUCGGUGUAUGUGUGAAGGUGGCAAGAAGAUCUAAUAUCAAGGUUUGUAGAGGUCUGAUUCGGGACAUUGAGCGUGGUAGGAAGCGAAGUCACGGUGGAGGGACCUUUCACUUGCGCAAGCACUAAGCACCCUUCACCCCACCUCUUUACUUCCAGGUGGUCAGUAAACUUGUACUCCUUCCCCAUCUCUCCCUUUCCUCUUUCUCCCACCCCCAUAUAAGGGGCAAUAUUUCUUGAAGCUCUUAAACCACAAAGGACAGAAGUGGCCUUUCGCGUCGUCUGCGUCAUGCCAUGUUCAUGCCAUGUCAGUAAUUUCUUUUUUUCUUUUUCCCUCUGUGUGUGUAUGUGAGUGUUCUGUUUGAAUAAAGAGAUUCUAUGGCCGUAAUAGA